CUGACGAGCCGGGCAGGCGAGCGAAGGGGGCGGGCUCGGCGGGUGGGAGAGGCCGAGGCCUUCCUCCGGCUCCUUCCGCGGCCUGCGUCUCCCAGCGCAGAAAGCGGCCUUGGGAGGAAUGGCCUCCGGACGAGGCGCCGGCGACGCCCGCCCCGCAGGGCAGCGGAGAGCCGCGGCUUCGUUUCCUUAGCAAGGCGUCCUCGGACAGCCGGGUUUUCCCCUUCAGAAAUGGACGGCAAGCUGCCUCAGCUGGUGGAGGAGCUCACGACUUCGGGGGAGCCGCGCCUGGACCCCGCCAAGCUCAAGGAGCUGAAGAAGAUGUGCAAGUAGGAACCUCUUAAUGUAGAAUAUCCCCCCCUUUAUUUAUAUUAUUAUUUAAUAUUUCCAUUUAAUAAUGUGCAUGCACAUCAUUCUUUACUUCCCUGGCUCUUUCGAGCCUAUCGACUUCCUUCCCUCCCGCCUCAUGGCUUUCAAAAUUAUUAUUAUUAUUUUUUUUUAAUGAUAUUUAUUAAAGUUUCACAUAAAGAAAAACACAUCAAUAAAAAAAGUUUAAAAAGAAAAAGAAAAAUACAAAAUGCAAAAAGAAAAAAGAAAAAACAGUUAAAAACCAUUCCAUCUUUUCAUCACUACUUUUAGAUUUACUUAUUUCCUGGGCCUCCUCAUACCUCCCUCUUUUGUAUUCCAAUUCAAUUUGUUUGUCCAGCAAUUCCUUUCCAUGGCUUUCAAAAUUAACCUUUACUCUAUAAUCCUUGCGUUUUGUACGUUUCCCAAUUCUAACUGCACACAUUGCAGAAGAACUCAAAAUUGAAACAAAUAUAGAAUGGUAGGGAAAUCCUGAUUACAAAUGUUCAGGCAACCCCUACUAGCGAUGUUAAUUGCUUACAAUGGUUAAUUGCAAUUUACUCCAGUCCUUUUGGAAUACUUGAUCAUGCUGCUUUUGGAUUUUUCCUGUCAGCUUGGCCAGUUUUGCAAAGUCCAUCGUUUUCAUCUGGGAACUUUUCCUUCCUCUUCUUUCUUUUUUCCUUUUUGGAUAUAUUUUUAUUAAAUUUCCAGAAAGUUCACAUCAUUCCAAUACGUUUGUUUUCUUCUUGUCCGCUUCCCAUCCCAUUUUUCCAUGGUGUGUUUUAUUCCUCCCCUUUCCUGCACCUUGUCUCCCCUCUUUUAUUAUCAUCACAAUAACGCAACAAUCUCUCAUCCAGUUCUGUUACUUAUGGUUCAAACCCUGAUCGCAAAUUCAUCAUACUGUAAUAUUUCUUUAAAUGGUCCAAAAAGGGCUUCCCUUCUUUCAUAAAGCAAUCGUCGUUGAGUUCUCUUAUUUUAGCUGUUAAAUUUGCCGAUUCCACAUAGUCCUUCUCUUUACUUAUCCAUCCUUCUUUGGUGGAAACUUCUUCAUCUUUCUGUUUUUGUGCAUAAAAAAUCCCAGCUGCUGUAAAAAGCAAAUUUGGGAACCUUUCUUUUAAAAAGAAUUUGUUAAAAAGCAAAUCUGGGAAUCUUUCUUUUAAAAGCAAAUGUUUCCAUGGUAAGUUAAGUGUGGAGUAACAAUUCGGGAGAAUUAGUUUUCUUCUUGUGCCGGGUGUUACUUUAAAAAAAAACAAAAACUUCACUGUUGACGGUACUGUAUUUGUUUUCUUGCUAAUCAUGCUGGCUACUUUUCCAAAGGUCCUCGGAUGAGCAUAUUACUCAUGUUUAUCACUUGCUGAUGACACAGCUGAAUCAAGAGCACGCAGAGAUACGGCUGUCAGCAUUUCAAGUUGUGGAUGAACUCUUCACCCGUUCCCAUCAGUUUAGGACUUUAAUCAUUUCAAACUUCCAAGAGUUCUUGGAACUCACAGUGGAAACAGACUAUGAUCAGCCACUUCCCCCACCGGUGGAAGUGGCACAAAAGCUAAAAAGAGCUGCCAUUAAAUCUGUACAGGAGUGGCAUGAGAAAUAUGGAGAGGCCUACAAGAAACUUUCACUAGGAUUCCAUUUCCUAAAACAGAAUAAGAAGGUACUUAAAUAUUCACUUUCAUGAUUGAAUGCUUAGUGGCUUUAUACAAAUAAAGUGUUGGAAAUGUUUAAUUCAUUGCUAGCAGAUGUGAAUAUAUUAAAUGUGAACAAAAAAAAUAUGGUUCUUUAUAAAUAAGUAGACGAAAGACCCAUAUUAUAUUACUUUAAAGUGCUGCUGCACAUAGACUGAUUGGUAAUACUAAAAUACUUAUUAUUUAACAAAGACGACACUGAAAAAUGAAUUUCCUGCAUCAGAUGUGUGUUUCUACUGAAAGUUUACAUCGUUUAAGUAUUUGAAACAAAAAAGGUAAGUAUUCUUAAACCGGAACGGCUUAAGAAAAUCUGUGUGCCUUCCCAUGCACAAUCUGUAUUAGUAUCACCUUGUGCUACUUCUAGUAAGGACUUGCUGUGAGAUUUGCCCUAAGCUUCUGAGAAGAAGCUUUUAUUGUUAGCUCAAAAACAGAUGCUUAAGAAAUAUCUGAAAGUAUUAUUUUGUGCAGUCUGUUCCUUUCAGAUGUUGACCACCCAAGAAAAUUUGCCUUGACAUGCACGAUACGUUUUCAGCAACGGCAAAAAUAAUGAAACAUAUUUUACAAUUCUGUAGGUAGAUUUUCAAGAUACAAAUGCCAGAACUCUAGCAGAAAGGAAGAGAGAUGAAGAGAAACAAAAAAGGUUGGAUAAUAUUUACAAGGAAAAAGCCAAAAAAGCCAAGAGGGAAAUGGCAGGUGAGUGCGGUUUAGUGUCUUAAUGGGUGGUUCAUUAGUUCUAAUUUCAUUUGAAGAUGUCAAUACAGUCGUACCUUGGAAGUCGAACGCAAUCCAUUCCGGAAGUUUGUUUGACUUCCAAAAUGUUCAGGAACCAAGGUGCGGCUUCCGAUUGGCUGCAGGAAGCACAAACUGGAACAAUCACUUCCGGGUUUGUGGUAUUCAGGAGCCAAAAUGUUCAUCUCGUAAGGUGUUUGACUUUCGAGGUUCGACUGUACUAGUAAUUUUAAUAAGAAAAGUACUUAUUUAUUUAUAUUAUUAUUACGUAUUAAAUUGGUAUAUCGCCCUUCAUCCAUAGAUAUCAGGGCGGUUCACAUAAUAAAAAUACAAGAUAAAAAACAAUACAUAUGAAAACAUUUAUAUAGUGCUAUUGUUAUGAAAGAGUUUCAUAGGCAAAAAGUAGACUAAACUCUGUCCCAAAAUAACUUCUGUGGGAACAAACUUAUUUUAGUGUAUGUGAUAUUUCUGUAUUUUUAUGGCAGUAUUUUAAAACUACCACCACUUGACAGAUAUGUCACAAGAAAUCGAAGCUGUGCUGACUGAGAUGGAGAAUUGUUUUCAGCUUCUGAUGCCGGAUCCCUUUGACUUCAUGGCAAAUGACACGGAAACAGUCAACUGGAGGACAGCUGAACUGGACAAAACUGUUUCCUGCUCUUCUGUGGAGAGGGCAGCUCAACAGGCACAUGACGAUAAUGAGCAGCCUUGCUGCAGCAAGGACCUUCCUUCCAUCUCUCUGGUUCCGAAAGCUGGUAACAAAAAAGACUUGAAUAGCGAAAUGGAGGAGAAUGGAGGCAUGGAAGACUCUUUAAAUUCUGAAUUGACUUCUGCUGCUGCCAGUGGAGAAGAUGACUAUGCCACCUUUGUUCGGAGCCAUGGUCUUGGAUCUCAUAAAUACAGUCUCAAUCUUGAAAUAGCCACAGGUAUUGGGAUUCUGUGGAACGUAAUCAUUAAUUACGAUACACUGCUUUUAAUUAAAGUUUAAAUGAUCAUCUUCACUUGUCAGCUAAUAACCAAGUAUUUAGAAUCUGUUAUAAGUACAGUCAUACCUCGGGUUGAAGUAGCUUCAAGUUAAGUAUUUUUGGGUUGCGCUCUGCGGCGACCCGGAAGUAACGGAGCGCGUUACUUCCGGGUUUCGCCGCUUGCGCAUGCAUAGACGCUCAAAAUGACGUCAUGCGCAGAAACGCGACACGCACAGACGCGUGUUACAUUUACUUCAGGAUGCGAACAGGGCUCCGGAACAGAUCCCGUUCGUAUCCAGAGGUACCACUGCAUGUUGCCGUUCCUGGGUGGAAAAUAUAUUUCUCCUGGCCUGCUUUCCUCUGGCUGUUGAUUUUUGCGAGUAGGGCUUGAAAAAAAGGUUGGAAGUCACAGAUUUCAAAUUAAGACCUAUCAAGAGAUCAUUCGGCCUUUUUUCUACUGUUUUUCAGUAGCUUCCUUAUUUCAAGUGUCUAGUCAUAGCAGAAUAGGUCAUAGCAUAGCACCAUAGCAUGAGUGUCUACAUCGUAUUGCUUUUUAAAAAAAUAUCUGCUGCUGUUUUCUUUGUUGUUUUUUGUUGUUUACUGUACUUUGUACAUUGCCUUGAGAAAUGUGUGGAAGGUGAUGUAUUAGUAUUACUAAUAGUUAUUUAAGCAUCUGGUUACUCACCAAACUCUUGUGGUGGCAGCCACUGAAUUAUAAAACCAGAUUGGUGGGAGGAGAGAUUGUGUGGAGAAAUAUCCUAUUGCUUUUCGGCGAACCUACUAAGUUGGAGGCUGCUAAGAGAAGAGAACUAUGUAUGCCACCUUGAGGUUAGAGGAUAGGUGAGAUAUAAAUGUAAUCAAUAAGUAAAUAAAUUAAUACUGUACCAAAACAUUCUGUGAAUCUGAUAUGCAUUUGCUCAUUGUCUGUUUUUCCCCUGCUAGAUGUGAAAUUGCAGGAGAAUGAAGACAAUACAGCUAUAAUAAAUAACGCUACAGACGCUUAUAAGCUCAUCAGAAACAAAUUCAUGCCUUCUGUACAGUCAUGGAUUCAGGUGAGGAAAAACUCUUCCAUUGAGAAUAAAAAUAAAUUCUGUAUUUUGUUUAUUCUCUGUGUGUCAAAAUGCUAAUAUGCUCAUGUGGUGUUUUAGUUCCCCUGGGCUCUACACUAACUUCAGCAUUCUUGAAUUGAAAGCACAUUUAGCAUUGUUUUUUGUGAACUUGGAGCCUUGCAAACUUAUACUGAUGUUUUAUUUCUGAGCUGUGUUCAGUAUUUGAGGGAGGUGUCACACAUUCCUUUAUUUCCAUCUCCUCUGAUUUCAACCAAAACUUUCAUAAUCUCACGCUUUAAAAAGCUUUCAUAAAUUUCUAUUCAAAAAGUUAACCUAGUGGAGAGAAGAUUCUGUGUGUGUGCUUUCUUAAUGGUGCAGUCAGCGUUAUAGUUUCCCUGACAAGUACAGUAAUGCUAGUUAAGGCAGAAAAUGGACAUUUAUUGUAAUCCUUGGUACUAGGAUCUUAAUCAGAUGCAACAGGAAAAUCUAGCCAGUCAUUGUUCUUUUGGAUUGGGAAAAGUAAGCACUGGUGGUAAGACAGAGUUACUUGGCUCCUACUCUGUUGUACAGUGGUGCCUCGCAAGACGAAAUUAAUCCGUUCCGCGAGUCUCUUCGUCUUGCGGUUUUUUCGUCUUGCGAAGCACGGCUAUUAGCGGCUUAACGGCUAUUAACGGCUUAGCGGCUUUAAGAAAAGGCACACACUCGCAAGAACUCGCAAGACGUUUCGUCUUGCGAAGCAAGCCCAUAGGGAAAUUCGUCUUGCGGAACGACUCAAAAAACGGAAAGCUCUUUCGUGUUGCGAGGCAUUCGUCUUGCGAGGCAUUCGUCUUGCGAGGUACCACUGUAUUUUGAUUGAAGAGAAUAGGGUUUGGGUGGUUUCCAGGAUGCUUGUAAUAUAGUUAAUCUUAGGUAAGCCUUUCCUUUCUAAAAAUUCUUGAUAUCAGAAUACUUCUGCUUUGGAAAUCACUGUUGGAGGACUGGCAUUACAUAGAAUCAGAACUGCAGAGUUGGAAGAGACCUCAGGGGUCAUUUAGUCCAACCCUACAAUCCAAGAACCCCAACUAGAGCAUAGAUGACAUAUGGCCAUCUAACCUCUGCAUAAAAAACCUCCAAUGAAGGAGAAUACACAACCUCUUGUGGGAGUCUGCUCCGCUGGUGAACAGCUCUUACUGUCAUAAAGUACUUCCUAAUGUUUAACUGGAAUCUCAUUUCUUGUAACUUGAAGACAUUGGUUUGCCUUUUCAUCUGCAGCACUUUAGAUAUUUGAAGGUGGCUGUUAUAUCACAUCUCAGUCUCAGUCUCAGCAACUUCCUCAACCGUUUCUCAUAAGACUUAGUUUCCAGACCCUUUAUCAUCUUGAUCACUCUCUUCUGCACAUGUUCAGACUUGUCAAUAUCCUUCUUAAAUUGUGGUGCCCAGCACUGAACACAUGACUCCAGGUGUGGUUUGACCAAAGCAGAAUAGAGUGGUACUAUUACUUUCCUUGACCUGGACACUAGACUUCUGCUGAUGAAGCCUAGAAUAACAUUAGCUUUCUCCCUGCUGCAUCACACUGUUGACUUACGUUCAACUUGUGGUCUAUUAAGACCCCUAGAUUCUUUUCACAUGUACUACUGGCAAGCCAGGUGUCCCCCAUCCUAUAUUUCUGCAGCUGGUUCUUCCUGCCUAAGUGCAGAACCUUACAUUUGUCCCUACUGAAAUUCAUUUUGUGAGUUUGGGCCCAGUUCUCCAAUCAGUUAAGGUCAUCUUGAAUCCCAGUUCUGUCUUCUGCAGCAUUAGCUACCCCUCCCAGUUAGGAGUCAUCUGCACAUUGGAUGAGCAUCCCGCCAAUAUUUUCAGCUAAGCUCACAACAUUAUAAACAACCAGAUCCUACCCCCCCCACACAUUAUUUACCAUCUCAUCUAAUAAAUGUAUUUCCCUAAUAUGAGUUUGGUGGUGACGGUGGCUACCUUUACUUUUUAUUAACCAGCGGUGUGUGAAGCUGAAUGGCACACAAAUUAAAUGUGCAUAAGUUGCGAGUUAUCUGUAUUACAAAUUCCCAUGGCAUGCCAAAUGUGCAUGAAAUCUUGGCAUGUAUUUGAAUGCCAAGUCAGCUAAUGUUGCGGUUUUUAUUUUUUAGUUGUUCACAAGGGCUGGAAUAAAUGAUGAACAUCUAAGACAAGCCAUUGAUCUUAAAAACAAAUUGGAGCGUGCCACAGAGAAAUGUAAGGAAAUGAAUAUUGGUUUUAAAGACAGGAAGAUGACAGUGGUGAGUUAAGUUAAAUAUUUCUGGUAUAGUUUGACCUGAAUGUGACCUGAAUUUAAAACAUAAUGUCGCAAUAUGGCCUCAAUAUGGCAUAUUGUAGUCUUGUAUAUACCUUGGUUAUGCGGGGGGGGGGGGGGUGUCCUUUCUAGAGACCAGGAUCUUUCAUUGUCUUGAACUGUUUGUAACUCAUCCCAGAAUCACGCUGCAAUAAAAGGUGGGAUUAUAAAUUUAACAUGCAAAUCGUUUUUUUUUAAAUCUCUUUAAACUUUUCAUAAAACUUAAUAUCUUUGAACCUUCUUUGUAUUAAUUAUCUAGAUUUCUCUCUGAGCUUCAUAGUUUGCUAUGUCUUUAAAUAGCAGAGGAUUAGAUUUUUCCUUAUUGGUUUUGCUAAAUUGUAUGAAUGAAACAUUCAUGCACAGUAGUAAUACAGUAAUUAAGCUUUUAACGCAGUAUAUACUGAACACAGUGGUAACUGAGAUGGGGUGAGAGAUUCCUGUAGAAAAAUCAAAGGGGUCUCAUCUUUUUAUCAAAUUGCUUUUCUUGGGGUAACUGAUUUCACUUGUCCCCUAAAGCUUCCAGUGUUGAGUACUUUCACACAUCAAAAAAUCAACCAUGCAUUAGUCCUAGUCAACAUGCAGUAUAGUUUAGUCUUUUUGUGGAGGUUUUCCCAUAGCGUGAACUCUUAAAAAAUGAUGUUCCAUGAUCAUUAAAACUUUAAUAACUUCUACGUUUGCUUCCACAUUUUUGUACCCCCACUCAUUAUAUGGGGGGCCGCAAUGCCUAAAGAGGGCUAUGGUCAGCCAAUUUAGGACCAAUUGAUCUUGGUCCUAAAACUGAGGAGCUGUUGACACACUAGUCCUCUAUGUCUAAAAUAAAUUUUAAGUCAGUUCUGAGUAACACAGAUUAGGCAAGACAUAGGAAAGGAGAGCCUAUGCGCUUACAUCCUGAACAUGUGGGUAUGGGGGGGGCGGGCGUUGAGCUGUAGUCCUACUUCCCUCUCCCCACCUGUAUGGUAUACGCAUAGAGAGGUACUGUGUAAACGCCUCUUAAGAAAACAUAGAAAGCACUAAGUUCUCACUGGCUUAUGAAAGAAGUUAUGAUCUACCCAAAAAAUGUUCAGACAUUUGAGUCUCCAGCAAAAGGGAAUUCGACUGAGGAACCCCUCUUCACAUGCAGGACAAUACUAUUUGUUCACUAGCAAACAGAAACUGCAGAAUGAAGGGGUGCAGUUAUGACAGUGGUGAAAACAGAACGCGUGUGAUGGUGGAUCAUUCUUGCCAUCAGUUGCCCGUACAGUGAUGCCACAGAGAUCUUUAUAAGAACACAGUUGACAAGUCCAUAUGUUGUAAACAGAGCACUAAGUUCAGGAUUCACAAAGGUCUCAGUAGUAGUAGUAAUAAUAAUAAUAAUAAUAAUAAUAAUAAUUUAUUACUUCUACCCCGCCCAUCUGGCUGGGCCUCCCCAGGCACUCUGGGUGGUAAAAUGUCACGGCAGAUGAAGCGAUGCUCAUAAUUAUAGGUUGUCAGUUUGGGCCCUAUGCUAAGCCAUGGUUAAAUUUUCUUAACCAUUAUCUGUUGAAAUGUCUGAAUGGAACCUUACCUAUCUUUUUAAAUUGGCACUGUAUAUGCCAAAACUGUGUUGGCUCUAGGCCCUUAGAUUUAUAUACAAUAAGAUUCUGCAAAGGAUGAUCUGAAUGUUUUUUAGGUUGAAGAUGUAGCUAAAAUUAUUUCAGGUGGCCAGUAGAGGGAGCACAUCCAGCAUGCUGGGAGCUGCUUCUGCCCACAUGAUUUGAAUGUGUUUGUUUGUGGUGAAUAGAAUAUUAUAGCUCCCAUCAAUAUUUAAAUUGAAAAUGCACUCAUUUCUAGACAGUACCUUAAAUUAGCUGUUCUUAACUAAUGUUUUUAUCUGUAUGUAUGGCAUGAAUCUUUUCCAAAGAUCUUCAUAAGGCUAAAGUGUUAAAUGCAAAAUAUCUCAUAACUGCCUAGUAUUUUUUACCUGUGCUACAUUUCUCGGUAGUUAUGCUUACUUAUCAUCUAAUUCAUUUCCAGUGCUUAAAAACACAAAAGAAAUUGGCUUUUGUAGCUUAAAAUAAAAAUAGCAGUAUUUCUCUUCCCCUGCCUUAGUUUUGUGAAGGGUAUUGUUAAGAGUAAUCUUCUUAUCAAAAAUUGUGUUGUGAAGCAUUGAUAAUCCACAAAUUCUGUAAAUAACAGCUGAAGAAUAGUUUACAAAUGAAGGCACACAUAAAAAGCUGUCACAUGGAAUUGACCUGGUGUACACAUAAUGUUAAACAUGUGGUGGGUUCAUCCAAAAAAACCCAUAUGCAGAAGCUCCCCCCACCCCCCCAUGCUGACUGUAAUAAUUGUUGUUGUUAUUUAAAUUUAUAUACCACCCUUCAUCGAAAGAUCUCAGGGUGGUUCUCAGAAUAAAAUGCAACAUAAAAACACAAGUAAAUAAUUAAAACAAAGCAAUGACCCCUCCCCCCUUCUUCCCACAGCCUCAUUUAAAAGACUGUAGAAUAUUAAUCUGCCAAUUGGCAGAAGCGGAAGAUUUGUUUCAUCUGGCAAGCUGAUAUUCAGUAGAGCGGGAUGUUGAAUUCCACCCAUGGUUUAUUACCUAUAGUUUAUUAAACUAUAUUUUAAUGUUACAUGAAAGAUCUGCAAAGAAAUGCACAUUUUUACAUUUUCCCUCCAUAUCCACUCACACAUGUAGUAUAAACUUAGGGGAAAUGGCAACUUUUUCCCUGGUCAAGGUAUCAGUUAAUGUUCAUUUGACCAAACUGGUUGCUGUUGGUUUAGUACAUAAAAGGGGUGCCACCUAUUUUCUGUGAAUUCUCUGGGUAACAUAGGCUAUAACACGAGAAUUUCAGGGUUCUUGGGCAGCUCUUUCUCUGACCUUGGGGUGAAAUGUGAUCUCUAAAUUUCAAAGAUGCUUUCAGUGCAGGUGUGGCUAGUCCAGCUGUCCUCAUCAGUCCCAGCAAAGGUGGAGCAAGGCAAAGGGUGAACCAAUGAGACGUCUCUUCUCCCCGCUCCAGUGUAAUGUGCAAACUGGCUCUAAGGAAUAUUGACAGUCUUAGUACAGUACAGGUCAGAAAUAAGAUGGUACAAGAAUGAGUGCAAUCAGGGGUGGAAAUGAGAUUAAAAGGCAUUUUAAUACAUAGGGGGGGGAUUGUCUAGGGGUGAUUAGAAAUGAGGUUGUGUCACUUAAUAAUUUGGCAAAAGUUACCCUUAAUAGUUACCCCUCACUUAUUUUGUAAUACUCAUAUGAAUAAAUUACCGUCCUUCCCCCACAAAACAUUCAUAGAACUAAGAUUGCUAAGAUUUGUCUCAGAUUUCGAAGCAUUUUUUUUUUUUACUACACGGUUCUAAAGGCACCAUGUAACUUACUAGCAUAUUGCAUCAGGUACAGCAGAGGAAUAAUAGCAUUAUUAUAAUUCCCAGAGAAAAAAUUGUCUUUCUUCUCUGGUCUUUUUUCUCUUUUUUUAGAUUUUUAGAUUUUUUGUUUAUCUUUUGUAAGAUGCUUUGAAUAUUGCUUUUACAGGCCAGUUUUCUGUUAUAUGCUCAAAAUAAGUGAUGCUAUUAUUCUAUUAAAAUCUGGCUUGCUAGAUUGCAGAUCAGGCUUUAUAUCAUUGCUAUGGAAUCAUUAUCAUUAUUAUUUAUAUACCACCUCUUCUUCCAAGGAGCUCAAGGUGGUUCUCCUCCCCAUUUCAUCCCUACAACAAUCCUGUGAGGUAGGUUAGGCUAAGAGAUGGUGACUGGCCCAAGGUCACACGGUGAGUUUCAUGGCUGAGGGGGGAUUUGAACCCUGGUCUCCCAGGUCCUAGUCCAACACUCUAACCAUUAUGCCACCCUGACUCUAGAAUGGCCAGGUGAAAUACAAUUUCACUGCUAUGUAGCUGCGUUGAAUCACAUAGGGGUAUUUGGUUAGUAAGUAAUACUCGCCUACAUCCAUACUGGAAAGAGGUUUAAGAUGUUCUGAGCAUAAAAGCUUUUCCUUGGAAGAAAGCGUGGCACAGCUAAAUAGAUGCAUGAAGGUGGCAUUCUGCCCAGGUUUGUAGUUCCUAAGAAGCAUCUGUCUUCAAAGCUUGUCUAAGCGCUUGGCAAGUUUACACUGUCUGUAUGGGUGGGUACCUUCUUUUGAAGCCUGUGAUUUGGCUGUGUUGUAUCAGGGAACUAGAAUGAUUUGUCUGCUUGUAGCACAUCAUGGCUUGUAUUUCACAGGUGGAUAAUUGCGUCAUGUGGAUGGGUUUGCAUUUGUGGUAGAGGAUGGUUCUAGGUGUGCCUUGCACCUUCGUUUCCGUGAACUGGUUGUGUGGUUUUGCUGACAUUCUCCACCCAUUUUUCACGUAGCAUGCUACCUCUGAAAGGGUCAGAGGUCACAGGAAGGGCCAGAGCAGAUAGCUCUGUGGGGCUCUGCUGGGCUCUUGGCUCCAGAGGGCUAGCCUUUGUUUGACUCUUAAGCCAGUGGUGCACAGCAUUUAAUAAUGCAGCAAGAGGAAAACAAGGGGUGGUCUUCCCUCAUUCUCCAGAGAAAGGGGGCAGCAGGCAAAGGCUGUUUAAUCCCAAAAAAUAAGCCUUGGCUAUAAAAGAACUUGGAGUUACUGUGGCAGUGUCCACUAGAGGGUAGGCAAAGGCAAGAAAAAUAAAGCAUUUUUUUUUUUUAAUUUGGGAGGGGGAGGAAUGGAAGUUUCUUCAUUCCUAGGUUAGAGUCUUGCUCCCACUGCCCUUUUGCCUUGUGGUCUUGCUCUCUUUCCCAAAGGAGGGAGAUUUGCAUCUUGGUGCCAUCUCAGUCCGUAGCUUUCUGGGGCUGAUGACUUUCCUCCUUGCUUGGGUCGCUGCUGAAACCUGUUUCUCUCUACCUAACAGUCUCUAGAAGCUCCUCCUCUGUGAAGGAAACAGGUUCAUUUUGACUGCCCCCCCCUCUUCCUUUUUCUUUUGGCUGCAGGUGUUUUUUCUUCAGUGAGGAGAGUGUUGGCCCAGGGAGGAGUUGCCAUCUUGGGCAACCUGAAUCAAGUUGGGUGAAUGGGAGAACUUACAGUACCCCAUUACACUGCUCAACUUCGCGGUCCAUUUUAGGGAACUAAUAUUCAGGGUGCAGAUCAUAGCCCUAACUGCCUUUUACAGCAGAUGAUUCCCACUGCAGCCUACUUUUAAAGAAAAUUAGCAAGAUGCUUGUCUCUGUGAUGGAUAGAUUAAAGAAAGAGUCCAGGUAUGUUCUCAGUAGAGACCACCCUUCUUUCCCUGUUGGAGAUGAGGGGAGAGAUCUUGCCUAUUACAGUGGUGUCCUCAACUGCUACACUUUUUUUCAUAGGAGUAAACAGCAGGGGUUGACUAUAAUGUACUUGACUAAGUACAUUAUAGAGGUCCCAACAUUCCUAUCCUCCUUCUAGCUCAGAUCUCAAAACCAGCCUCUUGUCUGUUUCACAUUAACCAAAGUUGCCUGCAUUCCAGUUCUGGGCAGUCUUCUCUUUCUGACUUAAACGAUGUUGUUGGUAAUUAAAGCUUGCCAAAUCAAAACACUUAUGCAACGUAACAUGCCUAGGGAAAUAAUUAGGCAAAGCAACAUUUGUGUGAAACAGAAUUUCAGGAUGUUGCUUAAACAUCUUGCUCAUCUCAACAUGGGUAUAGGUGGGUCACUUUUUGCUGGAUCGUGCCCGGUCUUCCAUGCUAGUCCUACUCAAAAUAGACCUAUUGAAAUUAAUGGGCAUUACUGACUUAGGCUCGUUAAUUUCAGUGGGCCUACUCUUGAGUAGAACUUAAUUGGAUACAACCUCAUUUUUCCUGGUAACAUGGAUGAUCAAGAAAGUUGUAAUUUUUUUGUCUGAUAAAAAUUAGAACCCCACCAUAGAACUAACUCAUAGCAAAAUGGAGGAGGAUUAACAAUACUUUGUAGUGCUUUGUGUUUAAGCAAGGUAGUGCAUACAAUACUCCUUUAUCUCAGUAAGCAAUAAAAUUGUUCCCAACAGGAUCUUGUUGGACAAAUUUGGAGCUACUUAAUAGGCUUAAUAGGGAAGGAAAGGGAAGGGGAAAGGGAAAUACAGUCGUACCUCCGCUUAUGUAGCCCUCCGGUUACGUGAACUUCAGGAUACGUAAGCGGCAGACCCGGAAGUAUAUUUCUGGGUUUUUGCCACACGCGCAUGUGCAGAAGCGCUCUACUAUCAAGUGCGCAGAAGCGGUCUCUCUGGUUGUUCUCUCUGGUUGUGAAAACCUCAGGAUCCGGCUGGAUGUCCGGAACGGAUCCCAUCCGCAACCGGAGGUACCACUGUAAUGGUCAGACACUGAUUUCCCAUCGAGAGGAACAAACUCUAGUACCAUAAAGCCGACCUGGAAGUUCUGCCACCACCCUUCUCCAUACAUUUUUGAUAUAUACUACAGGCAAAAACAGAUAUAUGCGCCUCCAAUUGAUGCACGACUGCACACGUGUGCAUCGCAGCAACUUGUUAAGAUUUUUUUUUUAAGAUUUCAGUUGCAUCGCAGCAACUUGGAAGUGGCUGGAAAAGGAGGUGGAACCAGCUUAUGGGUGUUUCACUAUUGUGCGCGGUGACCCGUAAUACAACCCAGGUGCAAAUUGGUGGUUGCCUAUGCAGAUAAAGAGCUCUUCUAAGAGAGCAGUCUUUUAAUUUUGUACAAGAAAAGCAGCAUACAAAUACAGUAGGUAGUAUUCUGAAUUCACAGCGAAUUCCUAGCCCAGUGUUUUACUGCAGUUUUAAGAAAGAGAAAAGCAAAUUGUUUACAGAUUGGUUAAUGUGACAUUUACAUUUAUGAUUUAACAGGUGUAGAAGUUGUAAAAAUCUCAUUUCCAGUAAGGUACCUUGUUUUGCCCUAUAUUGUCAGUCAUUCCAAAAGGCUUUUAUACUCUGCUAAUGAACACUACGUGAUUUGGUUACACAAAUUGUAGUUUUCCUUCAUUUAAGAUGACUUGACUAUAUUUUACAUCAUGGCUGAAUUCAAAAUGCAUUCACAUAAAGUUGCCCAUAUAAAUUGGUUCCACUGCAGUAAGUAUUAAUUCCUUGGCAAAAAAAAUUCCCCCUCUCCUCUUGGAAAAAAUAUUUAGUUGACUGUGAGUAGAUGCACAUGAAAUAUUGGUAGGUGGAAUAAUUUGCAAGAUCUUCCAGUGAGGGUAUUAGCAUAUAAAUAGCAGAUGCAAUGAUGACCAUCACAGCUGAGUACAUUUAAUUUUUAGUUUAUAAGAUAAAAUGGGUUUUUAAAUGCAUAGUCAUCAAGCCUGCUGAAAGACAAAUGAAGUUUAGAGUUCACUUAUCUGAGGAGGCCUUACAUCAUGUUAGAGGAAGGAAAACCAAGCCUGCCACAUAGCCAUACCUGAAAGAAAGAGAUUUGAUUUCUUGGGCUGGGGGAAAGGAAUGAAAAGUGUUCAGAAAGGCAGAACAAGGAAUCUGGCAACAAAAUGUUAAUGAUCCCAGAUGCAGUGAACAAUUAGCUGUAGCUUCUUGUUAUAUACACAUGCACCUCACCAUAUCUGUGAAUUCUUGGCCAUUGCUUUUGCUUGUAUAAUACAGCUUUUUCAAGAGUCGGCUCCAGAAGCAGUAGAAAGAAAAGUGAAUAUAGAAAUGCUAUGUCUCUGGCAAUACGGCCACUGCACAUUGAUCAAAAGAUUGCUCAUAGGCUCCACCCUCUAGCCCUAGUCUCUUCAUGAGGGAGCUAUUUUCAGAGGAAGAACUAGGAAGGGAGGGAGACACUGUUUGCCAUCAGGGGGUGGUUGGUUUCAUCUGUGCUCGGGGGCAUAGCUGAUUUUAAAGGUACCACUUUAGCUAAUGGGGCCUCCUGCGCCGCCGCUGUGCGAUUUCUGUUCUCAUCCUGAAGCAAAGUUCUUAACCCGAGGUACUAUUUCUGGGUUAGCGGAGUCUGUAACCUGAAGCGUCUGUAACCUGAGGUACCACUGUAGUUGCUCUUAAAAAGGCAUUUAUGUGUUAUCUAGUUGCCUCAAGGUGGGGGUGCACUUCCUCUUGAAAAGAAUGCUGUGUGGAUUGGCAGAAUUGACAGCUGGAUGUGGAUUCUGACGUGCCUUGGAUGAGCUUCAGCCAUGUUUGCUGUACUGCAAGGGAUGCACCAGCUAAAUCCUGCUUAUUCAUCUUAGCUGGAUGGAGUGUGAGCUUUACUUACUUCAUUACUUAGUGCUUCUUAAUGGAGCUGGGGGUCUUUUUAAGGGACUAUUGCUAAGGAUUUACUGGCCCUCAAGGGCAGCUGCCAAGUGUGUGCUUUUGGUGGAGAGAGUGAGAACUGGAGUGCAGGGCUGGCUGAAGUACAGUGAGUUAGCAGAGGGAAACUGAAGCCCUAUGAGUGUUUGUUUGCACAAACCUGCUGCUUAGGUGUGGAAUCCUAGGCAUAAGGUUUUUCUGGCUACACAGCACAGGAUUUUGCAUCAAGUAAGCAGAUUUUUAUGGAAAGAAAGGGAACUUGAUACUGCAAACUGAAAUAGUAAAGUUCAUUACUACCUCCUUUUACCUGCCUCUUUUAAGCACUUAUCUUUGCUUACUUACAAAUGAAGAAAAAUGCGACUUGUUUUAAAAUGAUACAAAAACGAAUCUUUUCCUAUCUAGGAGCUGAGGCUUAAUUUCUCAUAGUUAGCUAAGCAGUUAAAUAUUUUUAGAGGAAAUAUGAAUUUAAUAAAUUCCUCAGUGAAUUCAAGGUGCAGACAAUAAGCAUAAUAUUUUAUGAAAAUGACCCUCAUAUUUAAAACCUGGCAUUAUAUGUUAUGCAUUGUAGCACCAAGUCCACAUCUACCUUUUAGAAAAUUAAAACACAUAAAUUCUGUUUAGUGUUUGAUAUGCAUUGCACUAGCUGAAAGCUAUAAUGGCCCUAAAACCUUGGGUUGCUUUUCACCUUUCAUAAAUUCCUGGGUAGAUUCUAUACAAAAAAUAAUUUUCAGCUCCGUGGCUCAUUGUUAUUCAAACGUGAUUGAUUGUCGUCAUUUACUCAGUGAGGAAGUUAAGUGCUCCUGUCAUUUCCAAAGAGUAUAAUUGGGACGUUUCACAGGUCAGUGCUAGUGACAGGUUUCCCUUUUGAUUAGUGUUGGACUGAUAACAAAAAUUACAGUUUCCUAUGAUUAAUGCUUCCUAUAGUGCCUAAAUGCACUGCUCAUGGAUUGUGCCUAAACAAAGUGACUUUGCAUCUUAUUAUUUCUCUUCUCAGCAGAGCUCUGCGAGGGUCUCAAAGUUUGGGAACCUGCAAGUUGGCCCCUCUGGUUUCCUAUCAGGUUCUUGCACUAGGAAUUUGACUGAGGCCUCUUUAGCCUGGCUUCUCUGUGUGUCCAUGCGAAAUAAAAUCUGGGAACGCCUUUAGAAACGUUGUGUUGACUUUUUCACAUUUGCCCACCGAUUACAGAACAGGCAGCCUUAAAAAAGACAUUUGCCGUAUUCCCCAUAACCAUACACAAUUUAAAUUAUUUGUAUUCUAUCAUACAUGGAUGCUUUGCUUGUCAGUGGUCCUUAAUAAAGGAGAAUUGGACUGUUUUUGCUUUUGGUUUGAAAGGUGGUUUUUAUACUUCUGAGUUAAAACUUUUCCUAUGAAAUACACUAAAAAACAACAACAUUUCCCUAUAAAAGAAUUGCCUAGUAAUUAUGUCCCUCAGAGUUCUAUUUUCUAAUUUAUUUGACAGAAGCUGUUACCUCUCGAUAUAUAUAUAUAGUCUUCUCAGCUAGUUUGGAAAAAGUAAUGUACUCACCACUGGAGUUUAAUGUUGACCCUAUAAUUAGUUAAGCUAGGAGAAACUUUGAUAACUGUUAUAGGUGAAUGACCUUUCUCUCAUCACCAGGUAAAAGUUAAAAUGUUUAAAAGAGAGCAGGAAAGAAUGCCUUCUGAAUCUAGUGUUAAACUACGCCUUACUUUUUGUCUUAAGUUACUGUUAUAUAUAAGUCUCCAAACAUCCUCUUCCCAAAAAUCUUGAUCUCUCUCUCUCUAAAAACACAGUAUGUUUUAUAAAAGUGUGGGUAGUUGUUGGUUCAUGAGUAACACAGCAGCUCAGGGGCUUGAUCCAGUGUAGGAAAUGAAAGGUGUGUGUGUGUGUGUGUGUGUGUGUGUGUGUGUGUGUAAGUGUGUAAGUAAGGCUGCCUCUGCAUGCACAAUUAGAUGCAUUCCUAGGCUGGACAGCUGGAAUAUGGCAGAUAGCUGUCUGAAAAAGUAACUGCCCCACAGUCUAUGCAGAGGAGAGACUAGUCACAAUCAAAUUAUUUGUAUUCUAUCAUACAUGGAUGCUUUGCUUGUCAGUGGUCCUUAAUAAAGGAGAAUUGGACUGUUUUUGCUUUUGGUUUGAAAGGUGGUUUUUAUACUUCUGAGUUAAAACUUUUCCUAUGAAAUACACUAAAAAACAACAACAUUUCCCUAUAAAAGAAUUGCCUAGUAAUUAUGUCCCUCAGAGUUCUAUUUUCUAAUUUAUUUGACAGAAGCUGUUACCUCUCGAUAUAUAUAUAUAGUCUUCUCAGCUAGUUUGGAAAAAGUAAUGUACUCACCACUGGAGUUUAAUGUCGACCCUAUAAUUAGUUAAGCUAGGAGAAACUUUGAUAACUCUUAUAGGUGAAUGACCUUUCUCUCAUCACCAGGUAAAAGUUAAAAUGUUUAAAAGAGAGCAGGAAAGAAUGCCUUCUGAAUCUAGUGUUAAACUACGCCUUACUUUUUGUCUUAAGUUACUGUUAUAUAUAAGUCUCCAAACAUCCUCUUCCCAAAAAUCUUGAUCUCUCUCUCUCUAAAAACACAGUAUGUUUUAUAAAAGUGUGGGUAGUUGUUGGUUCAUGAGUAACACAGCAGCUCAGGGGCUUGAUCCAGUGUAGGAAAUGAAAGGGGUGUGUGUGUGUGUGUGUGUGUGUGUGUGUGUGUAAGUGUGUAAAAGUAAGGCUGCCUCUGCAUGCACAAUUAGAUGCAUUCCUAGGCUGGACAGCUGGAAUAUGGCAGAUAGCUGUCUGAAAAAGUAACUGCACCACAGUCUAUGCAGAGGAGAGACUAGUCACAAUCAGUUACUACCAUUUAUUAAAUACGGAAGGGACGUGGGUGACUCUGUGGUCUAAACCACAGAGCCUAAAGCUUGCUGAUCAGAAGGUUGGUGGUUCGAAUCCCCGUGACAGGGUGAGCUCCCGUUGCUUGGUCCCUGCUCCUGCCAACCUAGCAGUUCGAAAGCACAUCAAAGUGCAAGUAGAUAAAUAGAUCUACUUCCGGCGGGAAGGUAAACGGCGUUUCCGUGCACUGCUCUGGUUUCGCCAGAAGCGGCUUAGUCAUGCUGGCCACAUGACCUGGAAGCUGUAUGCCGGCUCCCUCGGCUAGUAAAGCGAGAUGAGCACCACAACCCCACAGUCAUCCGCGACUGGACCUAAUGGUCAGAGGUCCCUUUACCUUUAUUAGAUACAGAAGUAAAGAGUCCUCUACAACUGUAAGCCAAGUCUACAAAGGCAUAUUUGUGCCUCAGAGCAAGGGCUUAAGCUUCCACGUGCAGUUUCUAGCUUUCCUUGUAUGCUGUAUGUCAAAUAAACAUAACUGAACACUGUUUGUUGUUUAUAUUGUCAGAAUCUUGGUUGGUUUUUAAAAAAAUAAUAAUGGGGGGAGGGAGAGGAUAAAAGCGAUAACUCGAGCUUUGAUACGGACUUGGAAACCUACUGGGAGUAAAUGCAUAUCAAAUAAUGAUGAAAUACCAGCCCCUUAUCAACAGCCCAGCAGCAACCAUCGGAACCAACUGUUGUUUCCGAAUAUUCUUUAACGGCAGUCCCACAUUGACUAGGUAUCGUAGUUCACCCUCAGUGGUCUCAGACCCUGCAGCAGUGGGAAAUCCUGUCUUCCUCUUGCAGUUUAAGGACUAACAGUUGGCAUGAAUGUUAGCCUGAGAGUUUAGCAGCAUACUGUUUAGUAGGGGGCGGGGGAGCAAAAGAGAAGGCAGGUUUUAAACGACAGCAAAAGUUGGAGUAAGUCAUGGGUUGAGGGAUACAAAGGAGCUAUGAAGGAACGUGGAGUUAGGUGAAGUGUAAAGGGAGAGGUGGGGACUUGGCAGACAAUGGGAGGCUGCCCCUAGUUUUAUAUAUAUUUUAAAUUGCAUAAUUCCUGAACUUGCAUAUUGCUUAGAAUUCUCUGGGUUAGAGACUUAAAAGGCACUACUGUAUGUUUCUUUCUAUUUUUGCACUGGAUGUUUCCCAGUGAGUUCACAAAGUGAUAACUAGUGGAUAUAAGAUUUACCUAUCAGCUACGUUUUUCCCCAAUUCAGUUUAAUCAAUGUACAGUAUGCCUCUUGUAUAUAUUCUUCAUGCAAGACUGUACUAUGGAGGGUGGGAAUUCUUAAGGAGUUACUUUAGGCCUGUUGCCACUGGGGGUGAGGGACUGUAGAAAGCAGAAUGACAUGCUUUCAUUUUUAAAAUUGCUUAAGUUUUAUUUAUUUGCGUUUCACUUUUUUACCUUGACAGGUAAAGUAGUAAGGAAAAGCAUACAGUUAGUAUUUUCCUUAAUAGCUCAGUAAAAAAGUAAAGCUUACUGCCACUUUCCAGUUUCUGCCCCAGCAGCAAAAUCACUGAAUUAUAUUAACAGGGUUUUAAAAUGUUAUAAAAUAUAUUUUAUUUUAAUGAUAAUAAUUUAAUUUAGUGUGUUAACUUUUGGUUUUUAUACCCCUCUGUUAUAAAAUGACAUUAAACGUGGUGGACUGCCAGUAUUGAAGUUCUUCUCCUUUCUCACAAGAAAGUCAAAGCUGCAAUCUUGUACCCACUUACCUGAGAGUAAGCUCCAUUAAACACAAAGGGACUUACUUUUGAGUAAAAAUGUAUAGAGUUGUACUUUAAGUUAACUAUACAGUAAAUUCUUAAUGGGUGCCUGGACUUUAGUUCCUGCACAGCUGGAGACAUGCCUGUGCCUUUUUGGAAAGCUUUCACAUUUUGUAUUUGCACUUAUUGUGUAAUAAGACAGUAUCUGAAGAAGUGUGCAUGCACACGAAAGUUUAUACCCAGAACAAAUUUAGUUGGUCUCUAAGGUGCUACUGGACAAUGUUUUAAUUUUUUAAUUUAUGUAAUAGUUUGCAGAAAAUAAGUUGUAGGGAGUACCUGAUAUCAGGUGAACCCACCACAGGAAAGAUGCCUCAUGGCUGCUAGGAUGAAAGGAAGGGAAAACUUGGAGGCAGCUCUAGGUUUUUGUUAAUCAAGAAUUAGUGGGGCUUGAACCAAAGUGUAUACAAAACUGUUAACUUGUAUUGAUCCAUUGAUUGUGCUGAAUUUGUGUUGAUAUCCUUCAAACUAUCCAGAUUCAACCGUACAUUCCAAACAGUAGCACCUCGGCUUACGUUACGCUCGGGUAACGUAAACUUCGGGUUGCAGAAACGGCAAACCCAGAAGUAUUUUUCUGGGUUUCGCCACAUGCGCAGAAGCGCUCUGCACACAGCGUGCGUGCGCAGAAUGUGCACCUCUGGUUGCAGAAACCUCAGGAUCUGACCGGAACUCCGGAUCCCGUCCGCAACCAGAGGUACCACUGUACUAUGAAGCAAACUCCCACAUUGAACUUAGUGGGACUGAAUUCUGAGUAAACAUACAAAGGUUUGCAUGGCACAGAUUUGGGUAUAUAUGAGAUUACAUUUUGGGUAUCUUUCUAAGCACUACCUUGUGCAAAUGUUUUAAUGGUACUCUUUAAGUUUUCUUAAUUUCUGCAAUGUUAGAACUCUGGAUCCUCCAGUGAAAGGGAGCAGUAGAUUAAGAGAAAAUAAUUCUUUACACUGUGUGUUUUCCUGCCAUUAGCCUCAACAGCUUCAGCUUAUUCAGUAGUAGACUGCCUGUGAACCUUGAGAUUCUAUGUAGCAACAUUUGCUAAAUAUCCAUUGAUAGACACCUUUUAUAUUUCAGGUUUGGGGGCAGUCUAUCUGAGUAUGGUGAAGUAGGAGAGACAGAUAACAGGGUAUUCCUGUUAUGGCAUCUGGCUGCCAUUGUACAAAGCAAGAUGUUAGAGCAGAUGGACCUUUGGCUUGAUCCAAUUAGGUUGCUCUUAUAUUCAAAGGCAGACUUUCCCAGCGCUGCCCCAACUAUUUUUUUUUAAAUAAGAUUUAUUGUUUUUGGUUUCUUGAGUCCAUUUUUUUACGAACCUGUGACUACAUCUCAUUGCCUCAAGAACCCAAGCAAACUCCAUUGUGCUCAAGCAGCAAGAUUUUUGGCAUACUAUACAACUAGCAGAAAAAUAAAACAAUUUUAUACCACUCUUCAGCCAGAAAAGGCUUCCAGAGAUUAGUCACAAGAAAAUCAUAAUCAAUAAUGAAAACCUUAAAUGUUUUAGAAAUAACCCUCUGUUUUCUACACACCUCUCACUUUUAUCACUUUUCUUAGAAGCCCAAUACAAACUUAAGAGGCAAAGCCUAACUCUGUCCAGAUUAUACGUAGCCAAACUCUUAAACUUUGCUUUCCCAGAAUACUCAAAACCACUUCCUGUUCUCCCACCUCCAAACUUUAUUAUAUUGCUUUUCUGUGGAGUGAUACCCAAAACAAAAUUGCACAAAAAAGGGGGAAAUAGCAGCUCUUCAGAAAUGGGGGUUUUCUAUCGCCUGGUACUGAAACAGCUAACUUGUCAAUCACAACUUUGACUUCUCUCAUUGGCUAAAAACAGUGAAAGGCAGGAGCAGCCGAGCUAAAUUUACCUGCUUCUUCCUCACUUUAUUUCUAGGAAGCCAGUAGACAGACUUUUUAAAAAUGAAAUCUCAGAGUCAGAGACUCCUUGCAGGCAUGCGUCCUGGUGCAGUGCUUAAGUAAUUUUUUGUAGUUAAAAGAUGCAAUGGGAAUACACUAGAGUAAAAUGUUGCUUGUAAAUGAUUUCCUAAGGCUGCUUUUGCAAGGUAGGUGCACGAAGCCCCACACAACCAAAUUGAUGGUUCAGGCUUUGUUUGAUGGACGCGGGUGGUGCUGUGGGUUAAACCACAGAGCCUAGGGCUUGCCGAUCAGAAGGUCGGUGGUUUGAAUCCCCGCGACAGGGUGAGCUCCCGUUGUUCGGUCCCAGCUCCUGCCCACCUAGCAGUUCGAAAGCACAUCAAAGUGCAAGUAGAUAAAUAGGUACCGCUCCAGCGGGAAGGUAAACGGUGUUUUCGUGCCUACUCUGGUUUCACCAGAAGCAUCUUAGUCAUGCUGGCUACAUGACCUGGAAGCUGUCUGCGGACAAACGUCGGCUCCCUCGGCCGAUAGAGCGAGAUAAGCACGCAACCUCAGAGUCGUCCGCAACUGGACCAGACGGUAUGGGGUACCUUUACCUCAGGCUUUGUUUAUGUUACAUUGCUUAUUGAGGAAACCCAGUUCCUGACAAAACACGAAGCGGCAGUAAAGUUCAUGCGUAAGUAGGAUGGAAGAUUUCAUCCCCUUCCAGGAGAAGGCAGUAAACACUACUUGAAAUGUUGUUUUUAACAGUGCUUUGUAUGUUCCAUACGGUGUUCUGGUUAACGCUGAAAAUAAAACCGGAUGGCAGAUCUUCAGAGGUGCCCAUUGUAGCUGAAGCGUUUAUGUGAGGGAUGUUCACAUGGGGUGUCUGCUGGGUGUUUUCCGUGUUUCUUCAGUGCUUUUGACUUUUCUUCAUAGAUGAAAGCAACAGAUGACAGUGACGAGGAGGAUGAGUUUGUCGACGUCCCUGAGAAGGAGGGCUAUGAGCCCUACAUUCCAGACCACCUUCGUAAUGAAUACGGUGAGUUUGCUCAGCUGUGAAAAGCUUCAUCACUGCAUGUUACUACUGCGGUAAAGCAAAUAAACAGCCAUUACAAGGUAAUAAAGCGAUCAGUGGGGUGGGUAAUCUUUCCGACUGCUGUGAGGAAAUCAGUACAUAGAUAGGGGGAGCAAGACCGACUUUACAAAAACAGAAAUCCUCUAGGAGUCAACUUUGGUCAGGCCAGGAGGCUUAUUUUAUUCACUCAUAUUUCAUCUUAGCUUUGAACCAAGAAUUGCAGCGUAGGUACGUGUGUGCACCUGUGUGUGUAUGUGUGUCCAUGCACAGGAUAAUUGUUUACUCAGGUGCACAGAACAGGAUACAACCAUCUGACCAAGCAGUGUAGAAUUUGUAUUACUUGUUGCAGGUCAUGCCAGUUUUUCAGGGGACCGAUAAACCAGGGUGUCUGUACAAAACCUCAUACAAAGGUUGAGAAGAAAAAUAUUCUCCUGGCUUUUAUUUUAAAGCCUCAUUUUUUUAAAGUCACAUGCAUUUUAGAUCACAUCCCUCAUUGUAUAAGGCCACUGUUUGUGUUUAUCCCCAGUUAUUUGUAAUCUUUUUCGUGGGUCUGUGGCUUUUCAAAGCUUAGCAGCUUUCAGUAUAUCACAGAGGAAGAAAACGUUUUAAUCUGGAAACAGUUAGAGCUUUGACUGCUGAGCGUGUUUUUGGUUCAUAUUUUAGAAUACCUUGGGACUUGCUGAAAGAAUGCUAUGAUAAACUGAAAUAACUUCUUCCAGGAACUAGUGUUUUUUCAGGGAUGUUAGUAACAAAACUGCAGAAAGGACAGGCUGCAACAUUUCAUAGUGACAUUGUGAGCAGCAGCAAUCUUUGACUGUUUGUCAUCUAAGCAUCAAUUCAGAGCGAUCUCGAGACUGGUCAUGCAUAAGCAAGCCAUGUUUUGUCAAUCUUUAAUAUGCCAGAGUUUGGCACCACAUUUGCCCGGAUUAUUUGGCUCAGGAAAAUCUCUAGAUGUCGUAGCCCCCCAAACCCAAGGAGUUAAUUAUCCCACCCCAAUGUGAAAUGUGAGUUAAUACAGCUUCAUUGGCUCUCAUGCAUGUCUUCAGAUUCCAGUCAGAAUGGAAUUGCCAUUAAGAUGUGCAUGUUUAUUAAUGAUCCUUAAAAUUCUAUAUACCGUAUUUUUUGCACCAUAACACUCACUUUUUUCCUCCUAGAAAGUAAGGGGAAAUGUCUGUGCAUGUUAUGGAGGAAAUGCCUACGGGUGGCAUGCCUACGGAUUUUCCUCCUCUAAAAACUACGUGCGUGUUACGGUCAGGUGCGUGUUAUAGAGCGAAAAAUACAGUACCUGAUUCUUUACCUGUCUAAAAUUAACAACCAAAAUAACCUUAACUCCUCUGUCUUUAUUCCAACUAUAUGGUCUCGAAAAGCUUCUUAGUGACCUGAGUUCUAUUAAUCACAUGCCAUUCAGUUUUUGUGACUGCAAUUUUAGAAUAGUAAAAAUGAUAAAUUCAGUUUAAAUUUGCUACUCGUUCCAAUGCCUAGCAGGCUCUCUCUGCUCUCUGGAAUGUCUGCUACUCUUCUUUGUAACAUUUCAAUCUUUCUUAUUGUUCUCUUGUGGAAUCUUCAGAGCACAUUUUUGUGCAUAUUUACUCAGAAGUAAGUCCCACUCUAUUCAGUGAUACUUAAUUCCUGGUAAGUGUGCAUAGGAUUGGAGUAAGCGCCAAUAUUGGAGUUAAGCUCCAAUAUUCUUGUUCUGAUAAGUGUUCAUAUUUAAUAUGUGGAUAUCAGCUGCAUAAACAACUUUUAAAUGCUUUCUUGCCUUUGCUUCCAACCAGUUGAUUGAUUAAUGAAUCACAUUUAAAUGAGUAUACACACUGAGAUUUUUUUCAAUUAAGGUUUGUUUUGAAGAUUCUAGAAGAAAUUGAGAUUUCUCUUAAGGGUGAAAACUUGCAGUGUAUUGUGCAAAAGCUUGUUAGGAUUAAAGGUGAUAUUUAAUACUUAAUCACUUAAUUGGAUAAUAUUCCCGAUUACUUUGGAUACAGACUUGAAGAAAAAGGCUGCUUUUAAUUAAUUUAUUUUCUUUCAUCAAAUUUGGUACUGGUAUGAGGAAGACAGCAAUAUGGCAGGCCCUUGAAGAGUCCAUAAUCUUUAUUCUCAGCUUCACUGAUUAAUCUGAGGACAUUUUUAAGGUGUGCUUAAGGCUUUCAUUGAUUGAUGACACCAAUUAAUCAAUUAAAGCCUGCAGCCCUAAUUUAACAAUGACAUUUAGAGCUUUCUACCUCCAUGAAAUCUUUGCUUUCACACUCAUCAGCCCUUUCCUGUUCUUAGAGCUUAGUCAAGAUUCUGGCUGACAUCCCCUGUGCUUUAUAUAUCUAGCAGUCUAAGCUUAGAAACCCAUUUGAAGAAAUGGGGCUGUUUUCCAAGGGCACGUUAACCAAAAUAAGGCUUGUAUUCACUUAUGUGUGCUGAUUUUUAACGAGUGGUUUGUGCAUUGAAGUGGCACAUGAUAGUGACUGAAACAUAUACACACAUACAUGAAAUCACGAUAGUCUUGGUUUUUGUACUUCUGCUGAAAGCAGUUCCGUAGAAACUGCUUUUGUAAACCACAUAGAGGUUUCUUCCAAUUAAGCGGUGUAUAAUAAUAAUAAUAAUAAUAAUAAUAAUAAUUUAUUAUUUAUACCCCGCCCAUCUGGCUGGGUUUCCCCAGCCACUCUGGGCGGCUUCCAACACAAGACUAAAAUACAGUAACCUAUUAAACAUUAAAAGCUUUCCUGAAUUUUAUGAAAUAAAUAAAUAAUAAAUAUGGAUGUGUAGCUAGGCUAUCUGUGUUCAGAAAGGACCAUAGUUGACUCACCCAGCCAAAGCAGAUGUAGGCCAUUGAGAUCACCUGGACUUCAAGUGACAGUGAUUAUUCCUAGAGUACUCUAAACCCAAGUGGACCAUGGGUAGGCAAACUAAGGCCCAGGGGCCAGAUCCAGCCCAAUCGCCUUCUAAAUCCAGCCCGUGGACGGUCCGGGAAACAGCAGGUUUUUACAUGAGUAGUAAGUGUCCUUUUAUUUAAAAUACAUAUCUGGGUUAUUUGUGGGGCCUGCCUGGUGUUUUUACAUGUGUAGAAUGUGUGCUUUUAUUAAAAAUUCAUCUCUGGGUUAUUUGUGGGGAAUAGGAAUUUGUUCAUUCCCCCCCCCCAAAAAAAUUGUCCGGCCUCCCCCAUAAGGUCUGUGGGACAGUGGACCGGCCCCCUGCUGAAAAAGUUUGCUGGCCCCUGAAGUGGAGUAAAACCACAUCAAAAGCAGACUUUACCACUGAGCUUGCCAGAUGAAACAGUCUCCCUGUCCUUCCCACCCCCUCCCAACAGUGUUCUGGGGGUUCUCCAACCCCCACCCCCUCGUGCCAAUUUCAGGGAGCAUGGGGAAAGGAGGCAAAGCUCUUGUGAAGGGCUUCUACUCACAGUGAAUACCACCCUAUAGGAACCGCCCUGAGACCUCCGGGUAUAGGGCGGUAUAUAAAUUCAGUAAACAAUAAUAAUAGGAAACUUGAUUUAAAUCAGUGUUAGUCUUUGUUUCAUUGUGAUUUUUCAAUCAGUGAAUUCUGCUUCCUGUCUAGAUGGCUGAUACGUUGAUGUAUUCUUUUUAUUUUAUUUCUCUCUCUCUCUCUCUCUCGUUUUUUCAGUUACACCCUCCAUCGAGAUAUAUUGAGUUUUUUUGGUAUGGGUGUUGGAAAUGUGUUGCGCAAACUGACUGUUUUAAUAAAGUUACUGCCAUCAAGCAUUAAUUAGGACCGAAUGUAGUCAUGCACAGCAUUGCACACUGUGUACGCACAUGAGAGUUACAAACAAGACAUGUGACAUGUACAAUAAAGUAUGGAAUAUUUUCUAAAUGAAUGAAAUCUCUUUAUCACGGUCUUAUGAUCUAUUCAUAUUGGAACACAUAAUGCAAAUAAACAACAACAAAGUAGGCAAGUGGACCCUGCAGUUUAUCCAAAGAAAUUGAGCUCAGUACACAUAGCAAUAAUUAAAAAAGCCAUUUGCUCAGUAAUAUAUAGGACCUUGCAUGGUAAACAGUUCAUAACCAAACUCUCAUCUGAAUACCCCAGUAAACUGAUCAGAAGAAGGUGAUGUCCCAAAUUGCAGUAAAAGAUAGAAUAUUAAAGUACAUGUAUGAUGAUUCCAAGGACUCUAGCAUUAUAUGACUACAAUCUGUAUUGAAACAGGAUUCUUCGAAAUUUUACCCUUGAUUAGAACAUGGAAUAUUUUAAGAAAGAAUGUGCUUAGGACUUCUUUAAGGCAACACAAAUAAGAGGGAAAGUAACUUAAUUGGGCAGGGCUCCUGAAUCAUGGGGAAACAAGUUUUAUUAGCCAGGGAAUAUAGAGUUAUUUGCUCAGUACGUUAAAUAAGGGAUGGCCCUCCAUAUCUGCUGGACUGAAGCUCCCGCCAUCGCCACCCAGCAUGGUCAGUUCUCAGGACUAAUGGGAGUUGCAGUCCAACAGCAUAUGGAGCAGAGAUAGGCUAGCCACCCCUGCUUCGAAUACUUAUUGUUGCUCAAGCAUUAGAAAAGACCCAAGAUGACAUACCAAGUUGUUGUUGUUUAGUUGUUUAGUCGUGUCCGAUUCUUAGUGACCCCAUGGACCAGAGCACGCCAGGCACUUCUGUCUUCCACUGCCUCCCACAGUUGGGUCAAACUCAUGCUGGUAGCUUUGAGUACACUAUCCAACCAUCUUGUCCUCUGUCAUCCCCUUCUCCUUGUGCCCUCCAUCUUUCCCACCAUCAGGGUCUUUUCCAGGGAGUCUUCUCUUCUCAUGAGGUGGCCAAAGUAUUGGAGCCUCAGCUUCAGGAUCUGUCCUUCCAGUGAGCACUCAGGGCUGAUUUCCUUCAGAAUGAAUAGGUUUGAUCUUCUUGCAGUCCAUGGGACUCUCAAGAGUCUCCUCCAGCACCAUAAUUUAAAAGCUCUCAUUGUUGCUUUUGAGAUACCAAGUAGGCAAGUUUUAUUUACAACUUAAACCAUUUAAAAAAUAAAUGAAUUUAAAAUGGUUGGGCUCUUUGUGCAGUCAGUGGGUGGGGGUUGUGUUGGUGUCUAAAGCCAUCAGUUCACAAUCCUUGUACUAACCAAUCCCGAUUCACACAUGCACAAACCCACAGACCUAUAAAAUGCUUUCUUGAUGAGUCAGUGUUCAAAUACGCCAAGUCACAGUCUUAAUUUAAUGGACAAAAUAUAUGUUUUAAGUUAGUUAUUUUUUGCUUUGCACUGGGGUUUUCCCCCCACUAAGGUAAAAAGUUACAUAAAUAGUUUUUAAUAUGUCAAAAAGUAUAUUCUAACUGCAAAUUAAGGCAAGAAUUGAGAGUUUGAAUAGAUAUUAUAAUAAGAGAGAGAGGAGGAGUGAGUCGAUUUCAGUUUCCAUGUGCAAGAUAAAAUGUAAAUUUGUAAAAGAAUUUAGGUGAUUAGACAACUGAAGUGUGAAGACAUAACCCAUUAAGGGGUGUCAUGCCAAAUUAACAUUACCAGGGUUUUUAAUGACCUCUCAUUUGUAUAAUCCUUAUUUACACUUGCACCUGAUCUCUCAGGAUGGCAACCAUUUUGCAGUUUGCUUGUUGUUUUGUAUGCCUGUAGUCAUAUAAGCUGACACCCCAGUCUUCCUCUGUCUGGAAUGCAUAGGUAAAUGGACACCAAGAGUGAUUUCACUUGUGAAAGAGUGGUUUUAAAGAGCAUGCAGGCAACAGUUGUAACAACAAUAGAUGGAUAUGUUCUCAGGCAAAAAACUGUUGUGUGUAAAAAAUAAUAAUGUACCUCUGCAUGUAAUGCGAUACUGAAUAUGCAAUAAUAGAUCGAUAAUUUUCCAGGGUGCAGACUAUCACUUCUUCUUACUAACAAACUCAGGUGACAGGUGAAGGCAGAAAUGGAACCAAAAAGAGCUACUGAUAAGCAAGACUGAAAGGUCAGAAUGCUUGGAGAAAUUUCUAGGGUUGCAGAAAUAAACUAAAUAAUAAACUUAGCAGGGCAACUCCCUCACAUUCCUUUAAGAAGGGAAGAUCCAUUGCAACAUUUUCUUGCAGAUCCCACUCCCCCCCCUUACAUGUGGUUCUCUUGGAAUUGUAAUUUCCAGCCUAUUUGUUUUAAUUACAUUGGCAAAAGUUUUAUUCUUUAUACAAUGUCCUUAAUCUAAUAAUAAUAAUAAUAAUAAUAAUAAUAAUAAUGUUGUUGUUUAGUCGUUUAGUCGUGUCCGACUCUUCGUGACCCCAUGGACCAGAGCACGCCAGGCACUUCUGUCUUCCACUGUCUCCCGCAGUUUGGUCAGACUCAUGUUUGUAGCUUCGAGAACACUGUCCAACCAUCUCGUCCUCUGUCGUCCCCUUCUCCUUGUGCCCUCCAUCUUUCCCAACAUCAGGGUCUUUUCCAGGGAGUCUUCUCUUCUCAUGAGGUGGCCAAAGUAUUGGAGCCUCAGCUUCACGAUCUGUCCUUCCAGUGAGCACUCAGGGCUGAUUUCCUUAAGAAUGGAUGCGUUUGAUCUUCUUGCAGUCCACGGGACUCUCAAGAGUCUCCUCCAGCACCAUAAUUCAAAAGCAUCAAUUCUUCGGCGAUCAGCCUUUUUUAUGGUCCAGCUCUCACUUCCAUACAUCACUACUGGGAAAACCAUAGCUUUAACUAUACGGACCUUUGUUGGCAAGGUGAUGUCUCUGCUUUUAAGAUGCUGUCUAGGUUUGCCAUCGCCUUUCUCCCAAGGAGCAGGCGUCUUUUAAUUUCGUGACUGCUGUCACCAUCUGCAGUGAUCAUGGAGCCCAAGAAAGUAAAAUCUCUCACUGUCUCCAUUUCUUCCCCUUCUAUUUGCCAGGAGGUGAUGGGCCCAGUGGCCAUGAUCUUCGUUUUUUUGAUGUUGAGCUUCAGACCAUAUUUUGCACUCUCCUUUCUCACCCUCAUUAAAAGGUUCUUUAAUUCCUCCUCACUUUCUGCCAUCAAGGUUGUGUCAUCUGCAUAUCUGAGGUUGUUGAUAUUUCUUCCAGCAAUCUUAAUUCCGGCUUGGGAUUCAUCCAGCCCAGCCUUUCGCAUGAUGAAUUCUGCAUAUAAGUUAAAUAAGCAGGGAGACAAUAUACAGCCCUGCCGUACUCCUUUCCCAAUUUUGAACCAAUCAGUUGUUCCAUAUCCAGUUCUAACUGUAGCUUCUUGUCCCACAUAGAGAUUUCUCAGGAGACAGAUAAGGUGAUCAGGCACUCCCAUUUCUUGAAGAACUUGCCAUAGUUUGCUGUGGUCGACACAGUCAAAGGCUUUUGCAUAGUCAAUGAAGCAAAAGUAGAUGUCUUUCUGGAACUCUCUAGCUUUCUCCAUAAUCCAGCGCAUGUUUGCAAUUUGGUCUCUGGUUCCUCUGCCUCUUUGAAAUUUAUUAUUAUUUAUACCCCGCCCAUCUGGCUGAGUUUCCCCAGCCACUCUGGGCGGCUUCCAAUCAAGUGUUAAAAACAAUACAGCAUUAAAUAUUAAAAACUUCCCUAACAUAUAUACUCCUUUGUAUAGCUACAAAACAAUGUGAUGUAAAUACAUGGUUUUGUAGACAUACAAAGGAGAACAUAUGAUUAAGGACAUUGUAUAAAGAAUAAAACUUCUGUCAAAGUAAUUAAAACAAAUAGGCUGGAAAUUACAAGAGAACCACGUAUAAGGGGGGACGGGACUCAUUCAGCUGCUACUUGAUAAAUAAUUUCUACAUGGUGGACCAAUUGCGUGCUCAGAGUGCACUAUCCAUUAAACAUGAAUUGUUGCAAAAAAACUGUUUGUCUGGAGUAGGAUCCCGAUGUCUCCACUUCAGUGUCAGUGCUGCACCUCUUUUACAGCUGCCACACACUGGAUUGGCAUUUUCAUCAACGCUAUCCAAUACAAUCACCACGUCUGUUUCCUGGUCAGUUACUUCUAUUUCAGGCACCAUUAGUGUAUAUAUAUAUGAAAAUAGGAUUUUAUGUCACAGUGUGCGUCAUUUUAAACUUGCUUGUAUUGAAUUGCAUAUCCCAUGUUACUUCCCAUUCAACCAGUUUGGAGGGAUCUGUUUGGAGCCCCUCACAAACCCUUUUUGUUUUAACCACCCUGAACAAUGCAUUAUUAGUCGCAAACUUGGGUGCCUUGGCACCUUUAACUAGAUCAUUUCUGUAAAAGCACAGGUCCCAAUAUGAAUCCUUGAGGGCAGUGCUGGAUUUACGUAUAAACUAAACAAGCUAUAGCUUAGGGCCCCACUCUCUUGGGGGCCCCGAAAAAAAUUCAAAGGAAAACAAAAAAUGUACAUUUCCAAAAUAUAAGAUAAAAAAAUACUUUGAUAAAAUACAUAUUUUGUUAUGUGCAAAUGGCUUUAGAUACCUAUUUGGUCCAUAAAUUACUAUAUAGCAUAUGUUCAGCACAAAAAACAGAGACAAUUUGUUGUUGACAAAGGACAGCUGGACAUAUAAAGGGCCCCAUUACCUUCAGUAGCUUAGGGCCUCAUCAAGCCUAAGUCCGGCCCUGCUUGAGGAACUCAACUUUCUGCAUCCCACCGAUGGGAGACUUGUCCAUUUAUUCAUACUCUCUGUUUCCUGGUUCUUCACUGAUACAUAAGAAACUCUUUCCUCUUAUUCCAUGACUACUAAGCUUAUUCAGGAGUCAGAUGAAAUAUAUGGUGAUGUAUUUUGUCAAAUGCUUUUAAAAAGUCCAAGUAUACUUUCUCAGCCAGAUCACCUCUAUCUAACUGCUUCUUGACAAAUACCUCAAAUGGGUUAGUGAGACAGGAGCCACACUGGUUCUGCUUCAGUAAGACUUGUUUUUCUAUAUGCUUGGUAAUUCUACCUUUAAGAAGGCUUACCACAAAUUUUCCCAGAAGAAACUUCAAGCUUUCUGGUUGUAAUUUCCAGGACCUCGCCACUCAGCAGAUCCCUUUUUAAAAUUGGUGUUACAUUGGCCACUUUCCAGUCAUUAAUAGAUUAUGAUUGUUGGCAUCCAUCUGUCUUGAGAGACAAUGGAGUGCACCUCUGGGGGUGAAGCCAGACCACUAUGUUAGCAGCAGUGAAGAGGCCUCCUCAGGCCAUAAGCCUGGGCAGUGUGUAUGGGGGUCCUGAGCUGUCAAGACAACAAGAUAUGGUCCCAAAAAAAGCAGAACAAGACAUUUGGCACCAGUUUGGCUUCAGGAAUUGCUGGAAGGAGGCAUAUAAGGUGCCACCCAACCCUCUUAGGGACUCCACUCUGGAUUUGUGUAGGGUUUACUCCUUAGCCCAGGGGUCAGCAACCUUUUUCAGCUGUGCGCCGGUCCACUGUCCCUCAGACCAUGUGGUGGGCCGGACUAUAUUUUUUUUGGGGGGGGGGAAUCAAUGAAUUCCUAUGCCCCACAGAUAACCCAGAGAUGCAUUUUAGAUAAAAGCACACAUUCUACUCAUGUAAAAACACCAGGCAGGCCCCACAAAUAACCCAGAGAUGCAUUUUAAAUAAAAGGACACAUUUUACUCAUGUAAAAACACUCUGAUUCCUGGACCGUCCACAGGCACAUCCGGCCCACGGGCCUUAGGUUGCCUACCCUUACCUUAGCCUUUCCUUCUCCUGAAGAUAUCAUGCAAGACAGCAGAGGUUGAAGAAGGUAAAGGUACCCCUGACCGUUAGGUCCAGUCAUAGACGACUCUGGGGUUACAGCGCUCAUCUCGCUCUAUAGGCCGAGGGAGCCGGCAUUUGUCUGCAGACAGCUUCCAGGUCAUGUGGCCAGCAUGACUAAGUCGUUUCUGGCAAAACCAGAGCAGCGCACGGAAACGCCGUUUACCUUCCUGCCGGAGCGGUACCUAUUUAUCUACUUGCACUUGACGUGCUUUCGAACUGCUAGGUGGGCAGGAGCUGGGACUGAGCAACGGGAGCUCACCCUGUCGCUGGGAUUUGAACUGCCGACCUUCUGAUUAGCAAGCCCUAGCCUCAGUGGUUUAGACCACAGCGCCACCUGCCUCCCUCAUAGCAGAGGUUUAGGAUCACAGUUUUCCUUCUCCAAGAUGGGCCACCUUCCCAGGUGGUCGAGCCCCAUCUGCCCCUCACUAGGAAUGAUGAUUUCAGUGAAUAUAAUACCACAUGGUGUGUUCAUGCAUGCACAUACAAACAAGAUUUUCCCAACAGAACAUUUUUAACCAAACUAUUGCGGGAGCUGCAAGGAACGGUUACAGUGUGGAGUGCUUCUGUUGAGAGCGUCAGCCGGCCACCCAUGCCUUUUUGGAGAAAGUCCACUCUGUUCUGUUCCUCCUGUCCCUCACCAGAUACUCAGCAUUCUGUGGCCACAGAAUACCCAAUCACCAUUAUACAGGGAUUUUUUUUGGGGGGGGGGUUGCAGGUGGCUGGUUUCCUCCUUUGGUUUUAUUCUUCCUAUUUUCCCCCUAUUUCGGCAAGCAUUAUUAGUAGUAGUAGUAGAUCAUGGCCACUGGGCCCAUCACCUCCUGGCAAAUAGAAGGGGAAGAAAUGGAGGCAGUGAGAGAUUUUACUUUCUUGGGCUCCAUGAUCACUGCAGAUGGUGACAGCAGCCACAAAAUUAAAAGAUGCCUGCUUCUUGGGAGAAAAGCAAUGACAAACCUAGACAGCAUCUGAAAAAGCAGAGACAUCCCCUUGCCAACAAAGGUCCGUAUAGUUAAAGCUAUGGUUUUCCCAGUAGUGAUGUAUGGAAGUGAGAGCUGGACCAUAAAGAAGGCUGAUCGCCAAAGAAUUGAUGCUUUUGAAUUAUGGUGCUGGAGGAGAGUCCCAUGGACUGCAAGAAGAUCCAACCUCUUCAUUCUGAAGGAAAACAGCCCUGAGUGCUCACUGGAAGGACAGAUCCUGAAGCUGAGGCUCCAAUACUUUGGCCACCUCAUGAGAAGAGAAGACUCCCUGGAAAAGACCCUGAUGUUGGGAAAGAUGGAGGGCACAAGGAGAAGGGGACGACAGAGGACGAGAUGGUUGGAUAGUGUUCUCGAAGCUACCAGCAUGUGUUUGACCAAACUGCGGGAGGCAGUGGAAGACAGGAGUGCCUGGCGUGCUCUGGUCCAGGGGGUCACGAAGAGUCGGACACGACUAAACGACUAAACAACAAAGUAGUAGUAGUAGUAAUGUAUUGGGACUUCCCUGAGCAUAGUGAUAUCCCUUUUUCGCCUCAGUAGCCCUGUUUUGGUUACACAGUCAUCAUAACUCAGUACCCAAAUCAUUUAGGAUAAAUGGUAAAAUGACAACAGUGCGCAAGAGCCAAAGAAAAAUGUAACUAGCUUCAUGGGAAGUAUGAAAAUCCAUUUCUGGUAAGGAGUGUGUGUGCAUGUAUGUGCAUACAUGUUUAUGUUAAAAGGAAAAAGGUAAUGAAAAUUCUCUUCAGCACACACUUGUCCUUGGGCAUGCCUGAAGUAGUCAUUUGUGUGCCGUGUUGUGUUGAUAGACAUGUAUUUUGGAUUAGCAAGGGCUAUGCGCAGAACAGAAUGGAGGAAAGAGAGCAAAACCUUUUUCUUCAAAUCUUUUUGUUCAUAUUAUUUACAUUCUAGUUCGGUGGGAUCCCCCCCCCCUUUCAAUUAAAUAUAUACUGCUUACCCACUUCUGAUUCUCCUAAGUCCAAAUGGCUGAUGAAACCUGUUCUUUUACUUUCUCUGAAUUUUCAUUGAGGAGCUUUUAUCUCCCCUUAAUCCCACCAUUUCUGUCAGGACACAAUCUCUUUCUCAAAUUUACAUUUUAAUUACAAGGCCAGCUGAACUAGCUAAAAUCAAUAAUGUCAGCAUUCAGCAGCCUAACUUUCAGCUGAAAUCCCAGCCUCUCUAUUUCCUACUAUUGAUUUAUCUCUUUAACGCUGUCUACUUUAUUGCUUCAGGCAAAUAGGUGCCAUUUGGUCAAUUUAAACAACAACAAACACCACCAGGAGAUUGGACUUAAAAAAAAAAAAUAUUCCUAAAACCAAGUAUUGCAAUAAAUUUGAACCAAGGUAUUGUAGUAGUGAUAAUAUAAAGGAUAUUUGAAAACGGAGGGGUUUGGAUGGGGGAUUAGCUUUAGCUAUCGAGCUUUGUUCUGUUUCUGGUACAGACAUGCUUUCUGCCCCAAAAUAGUAUUUUUCUUUGAGUAUUUGUUUUUACUCUAUGUAAUCAAAAUUAAUUUGAUGCCUAAUUAUUAGAAUGAAUUUGGUUUAAUUUGCUGGAAACAGAUUAUCUUCAACUGACCGAGCCUCUACCCUCCAUUAGCUAAAAGUUCUCUAGUCUCCCCCCACCAAAAAAAAAUAUGAGACUGCCAAAGCCCAUGAAAGAGAAAAUUAUUGCACUUACAUGUAACUUGCUGGUCUUUGAAAGUCUUUCUGCAGCCCAUUUGCCUUCCUCCCCAUAGAGGCUUCUCUCAUUUGAAAUUGACCUUAGUGGUGUCUGGGGGGAGGUGAGGUGGUGACCUGGCCCUUCAGCUGAGGUCUCUGAUACCAAAGCCAUCAUCAGUCAAAGGGAGCGGGGCUCCAAGCUCUAGAAGAUCCAGUGACUUCACCUACUCAUGUGUAGAUCCCAUAUGUGGGACUGCAGUGUGUCCUGAACAGUAGCAGGUGGUUGUUUGGGGGUGGGUGGGUCAGUAUUACCUGUAGAUUCAUCCUUGGAGAGAAAAGAGUUGCAUGUCAAGUUCUCCCACCCCAUCUCAUUGCAUAAACAACACUUUCAAACUUAGUAGAAGUUGAGAAGUUGGGGGGUGGGGAAAUGAUAGUAGGUAGCAAAGAAGAGCCCAUUGUUUUGAAGAGAGUUUUGUUUGUUGUUGUUUAGUUGUUUAGUCAUGUCCGACUCUUCGUGACACCCUGGACCAGAGCACGCCAGGCACUCCUGUCUUCCACUGCUUCCCGCAGUUUGGUCAGACCAAUGCUGGUAGCUUCGAGAACACAGUCCAACCAUCUCGUCCUCUGUCAUCCCCUUCUCCUUGUGCCCUCCAUCUUUCCCAACAUCAGGGUCUAUUCUAGGGAGUCUUCUCUUCUCAUGAGGUGGCCAAAGUAUUGGAGCCUCAGCUUCAGGAUCUGUCCUUCCAGUGAGCACUCAGGGCUGAUUUCCUUAAGAAUGGAUACGUUUGAUCUUCUUGCAGUCCAUGGGACUCUCCUACCAAAGCAACAAAAGGGAUAUUGUUGUGGGCAGUCUCACUAUAUGCAGUGAAACAAGGAAUGGAUAGAACAGGCAUAGGCAAACUCGGCCCUCCAAAUGUGUUGGGACUACAACUCUCAUCAUCCCUCGCUAACAGGACCAGUGGUCAGGGAUGAUGGGUGUGGUAGUCCCAGAACAUCUGGAGGGCCAAGUUUGCCUAUGCCUGGGAUAGAAAAUCACAAAAUGCUUAACCUACUAACAAUAGCCAACAUAAUAGGGUGGCCAGACCAGCUCCAUAACUGGCAAAAGACAAAGUUCAGGACUCCUUGGGGCUGUCAUUUGGCUUCCUUAUUAUUGGAGCUGCAAUCACAGUGGCAAAUACAGGUCUUGGAACACUAAUUGUUGUCCCGUCACUGUAAAACAAGAGGGUUCUGUUAGGACUGUCCCCUGGGUUGGCCUCUUCCAAUUCUCUUUCCAUUCCUCUUACAGUGUCACAAGUUCUCAGAUAUGCUAGAUCAGACACUGUAUUUCUGAAAGAGUACAAAACUUUUUCUGCUGCUGACAGAGAGGGGAAAGUAUUUGGUUGGAGACAUUUGUUAAUGUGGAGUCUAAAUUGGGCAGUGGUGCUUUUUCUUGGACUUUCUAAAGAAAUAUGGGUACAAAUGAAAUUUUGUCCUAUACAGCUAGAGUUAGUAUUUUGGUGAAGACCAGAAUUUUGCCUCAGAUCAGUAUUCCAUUUCUGAAACGUGCUGUACAAACUGACCAGCUGUUACUUUCCAGAGACAUAGGUUUCCUUCAUACAGUAUGUGUCAGCAAAUGUGUGCUUACCCCAACUUUGCUUUUCUUUUCUAGGGUUGGAACCAGUAUCACCUUCAAAACCCUUUGCGACAGGAAGAGCAUCUGCAGCAACCUCCCAACCUAAAAGAAACGAUGAGGAACUUGAUCCAACCUGUGCAGCUGCAACAUGGAAAAUGAUCCAAGAUAAACUGCCUAGAUUACAUCUUCCAGGUGCCAGGUUGUAAGGAGACCAAUAUUCCGUUGGCAAUCUUGCCCUUUGCAUUUCACGUCCAAAACAAAGGCAGGCCUUAAUACUUACAGAGCAUUGACCUUGCUUCUCUCCUGCAGAGAAGAGGUUUUAUUUAGUGUUUGGGAUUUUUGCUCUGGUUGCCCCCACCAUCUACGAUGCCUCAGGGAGCUAGUGAUUGCCACCAGCGAAAGGGCAAGGCCAAGUUUGAGCAGAGGAGGAGACUUUGGGUAAAGCUGUGGAGAAGAUGCUGUUGAUGCAGGAGGAGGCAGUCCUGUCUGUCUCCCUUUUUUUGAGGGGACGGCGGGUAAAGGGGAUCCUCUGAACUGUCUCUAGCCCCUCAUUCUUCUUGCCUGCCCUGUUUUUCCCCCUGUGGCUGUACUCAUCAAUCAGCCUGCCUUGAACAUAUUCUUGGGUCAGGUCUGGUUUUAUAGGUAUUAUAAUAGUAGUAGUAGUAGUAGUAGUAGUAAUAAUUUAUUAUUUGUACCCCGCCCAUCUGGCGCUGUGGUCUAAACCACAGAGCCUAGGACUUGCCAAUCAGAAGGUCAGCGGUUCAAAUCCCCGCAACGGGGUGAGCUCCCGUUGCUCGGUCCCUGCUCCUGCCCACCUAGCAGUUCGUAAUCACGUCAAAGUGCAAGUAGAUAAAUAGGUACCAUUCCAGCGGGAAGGUAAACGGCGUUUCCGUGUGCUGCUCUUGUUCGCCAGAAGUGGCUUAGCUGUACGCUGGCUCCCUCAGUCAAUAAAGCGAGAUGAGCGCCGCAACCCCAGAGUCGGCCACGACUGGACCUAAUGGUCAGGGGUCCCUUUACCUUUACUGUCUGCUUCCACUUUUCUUUUUGCCAAAGGUUAUGUUCGUUUUUGUUCUCUUCAUUUGGACAUGACUUGGACAAGACCUUGACAUUCCAUUGUUGCACCCAUAACCCAGGUUUAAGGUGCUGUUCAGCUCCUAGCUUUCAUAUCUCAGUUUCUAACACUGGUUCUAUUCCCCUCAAAGCACUACAAUUCGCAGAGUGAUUUAAAAGUCAAUUCCUCUUUCCAGGGAACUAUGGGAAUUGUAGCUCCAUGAGGGGAGUAGGAGUCUCUGAAGAACUCCCAGCCCAAACUACAGUUCCCAUAACUCUUUGGGGGAACUCAUGACUGCUUAAAGUGGUAUAAUACUGUUUUAGACUUUUAGACUGUUUUAGACAAAGGCAGUAUUUAAUCAGCAUCGUGGUUCUUGCUUGGUUUGUGUUGUAUUGUUCUUAGCUUUUCUUGUUAAAGUACCUUGGAAAAUCAUCUAAGAGUUCUCGUGAAUCGUUAAUUCCUUGUCAUAGUUAAAGUAUUUGCUUUUCACAGCAUUUUGACCUGCUAAAAGUUGAAGUAGGUCUAAAAUGAAGUGGAUGCCAAUUGUUGAAUGUUUCCUGUCGUUCUGGAUAGUAACUGUUGUCUCUUCAUCAUCUGUAUUUUAUCCUACAAAUCUAGAAAUUCUGAACCAGCGUCACCCAACAAUAAGUCUGAAGAAGAAAAAGCCAAGGCCCCGGUCGUACCAUUUGGGUUAGAUCUUUUCUACUGGGGCCAAGAGCAACCAGGUUCUGGGAAGAUUAUUAAGUAAAUAUACUGCACGUUUUCUUUUAAAAUAUGUAAAAAAAAAAUUCCUCUCUUAAAUUGUGAUGCAUCAAGCCUUAUCUGCUCAUUUUUACUGAAACCUUGAAAUGUAAAAACUGUCUCCACACUUGCAAAUUUUAUGAGCCGUCUGAUGACAGACAGCAUUUUUGACAUAACCUGAUCCAUUUCUAGAAUUCAUUUUAUUUAAUUUAUACGCCACGCUUCAUCCAAAGAUCACAACGUAAAAACACAAAACGAUAAAUUGACCUUACAAAAUACGUGAUGAAGCUGCUUCUGGAGAAGUGAAUCACUUGCAAUCCUCUUGAGAUAGUAGUUUCAUUCUAUAUCUUUUUUAGCUUGCAGCUGAAUUAAAUAUAUUCAAUAUUUUAAAAAAUCAAAGUUGUUUAGGAAUUUGAGCCCAAGCAGUGUUUAGAUAUUUUAAAAGCAUAUGUCAUAUAUCAUGAGAAGGUGUUAAAAUGUCUCUCUAGAAUUUAUGUUUAUAUUCAUGACAAAGCCCUGAUGUAACUGUUCUGUUUUCUAGAUGUUCUUCUCAGCAUCGCUUCUGGGCACCCAGCGAAAUGGAAGAGGAAGUGGAAAACAAAGAAGUUGCAGAGAUGCUGAAGAGCAGAUGUAUAACAUUUGCUGGCAAGUUUGAGCCAGUGAAACACAAAUGCCGGGCUCCAAUGCCCAAUGGAGGACUUUGUGAAAGGCAGGAUAGAUUUAAGGUGGGUGCUUAAUAACACCUCUAGAGCAUUCCACUUGGUCCUAUUUUGCAAUUUCUUUAAAAUAUUAAUACUGUAAUGUGCUUGGCCAGAGAUAUGAGGCAGCAGUUUGAGGGAAACUCUAGAAGGGAAGAAUUGAAUGUAAUCCAAAAUGAAGUCCCACAUAGUACACCUGUUGCAUUACUUGGAAUUGAAUUAGGUCUCCUUUCUCUAAAAGCCUGCCUCCGUAAUUCAUGAUUAAAUGAUGGGAAAUAAUCUUGUUGCUGCCAGACCAACAUGGAGCAAAAUUAGACUCGCAGAAUGGAAAGGACUGGGGCCUGGGCACAGCCUUUUAACAGUUGGAUGCCGAAUUAUUCAGUACCACUAUAAUGUCUACUCAGGAUAUUUCUGACCAUAAGAUUUGUGGUGUAAGAUCACUGAGAAUGCCAAAAUGGACUUUGACUAUGAAGAAUUUCAAGUCCUCAAUUUGGUAUAUUAAACUUAAAUCCAGCCAUAAAAGAACUGUUUGAAGAAAUGCUUCCCUGUUUUCCUAAAAGAGGGAAUGACCUCUGUUUUCCUAAAACAGAGGAUGACCUCAAGUUCUACUGCUCUGAAAGAGUGAAGGAAUUCCACUAAUUGUUUUUAUCUUGGAGUUUGGGGUUGCAAUUUGUUGAUGAUUGUAGCUUUUGUGGGUUUGUUGUUGUCUUUUUAAAAAAAUGUAGGUACUUUUAGCAUUCUUGCAGAAGGAAAAGCAAGGUAGUUUUUAAAAAUAAAACAUAAUAAAAUAUUUCUGGGAGGAUAGCUAUGCUCUGCAGCAGCAAAACAAUGAAGGAUCACUUCUUAAAGACUACAGCUGCAAUCCUGUACUUGUUUCCCUGGGAGUAAAUCCCAUUGAACUUGGUUGAACUUUCUUCUGAGUAGGCAUGCACAUGAUUGCACAUUUACUGUGAUAAUAGUUUGUAUUCAGAUUUUCCACAUUGAUGUUCAUUGCAGUAUAAUCUCAUUUUAAACAUCCUUUCCCCCACCCCGAAACUAAGAACACAAAUAAUUUAAGGCCUUUCUUUGUAGAGCAAAUGCUUUAGCCUUGCCCUUCAAGACGGGAUGACCAGAUUUUUUCCCCAGAAGGAACAGACACAUUCAUAGGUUGCAGGUUGGAUAUUUGGUCUGAUCCACUAAGUCCAUUCUUACAUUUUCAAGCAGAAAGUACUUUGUGUUAAGGCAGGCAACAUACUCCAUACAAAGAAAAAGCACAUAUGAGUAAGAUGAAAGAAAGAAAGAUGAUUAAGUGAAUCCACAAAUUCAUAUCUCUCAAGGCUACCUCUCUAUCUUCUAAAGAUACUCCAAAAAAAUCCUUUCAUUUCACUAAAACUUUCUCAGUGGUUUUUGUAUAUUGGGAAUUUGCAGGUGGAGGAAAAAGCUUGGAGUGCGUUACAUGUAUGUUGAGUGCAGAGAAUUUGUACCAAACCCUUGGUUCAAAUAAGCAUUUCAGGGAACUACAAAUAGGAGUUUUCAGAACUGGUUCCAGUGAUAGCAGAGCAAAGUUCCCUGGAUUUCAUGACCACCUGCUGUUGGGAUAUUCCCAUAUCCAGAAUGAUAUGAAUCAGUCAGCACAGCCAUGUAUCUCAAAUCAACCCACUUGCAGCUUCUCUGUUCUAUCCAUAAGCUACAAAAAAUGUUCCUAAUCAGGCCUAACUUGUUAUGAAUAUAUAUAUAGAGAGAGAGAAUGUGUGUGUAACAGCACAAAUAUCAUUGUUUCUUUCUGAAGUGCCCAUUUCAUGGAAAAAUAAUCCCCCGGGAUGAUUCUGGGACUCCUAUUGAUCAAGAAGACAGAGAGAGAGAAGCAAAGCAACAGUUUGAGAAAAAAGAAAAGCAACCAGGUUUGUAUGUUUAAUGAAAUCUGUGAUUAUUGAGUUUAAAAUAUGUGCAAAGUUAAUUUAAUUUAAUUUAUAAAUUAAAACAUGGAUUUAUCUUUGGUGGAAAUUUGGAGAAAAAUAGAUUAUUCCUGGUGCUAGAAAGGACAAGUCAUCUUUACUAAUACCUUUUUUGACAGCAUUUUUGUUGUACCCAAAAUGCUUUUCAUAAAUUAAAGCUCUAUGUUUUGUGUAGCAGAAGCCAUUUUCUAAAUUCCAAAGGAAACGACUAUUUUGCUGCUUUUAGAUAAUAGUGCACAAACGUCAACAAAUUAAUUUCGGGUGAAAUGUUACAUUCCUACACUUCAUAGCCUAAGUAUAGCUACAGUCAAAGUCAUAACUGGAACAAGAAAGAAGCUAAAUUAUCAGAUCCUCAGUAGCAAAACUGAAAAGGUCCCUGUGCCUGGCGCCUUGCAGCACAAAUGCCAGUCUGAGCUGGAUUAAAGUAGGGGUGGGAAACCACUGGCCCCCAGGCCAGUCUUGGCCUGCCAAAAGGUCUAGUUUGGCCCAUGAGGCCAUUUUCCCCAAACCACACCCAACUUCUCAUCGCUAGUGACAUUAGCUCAGGCAUCCCCAAACUUGGCCCUCCAGAUAUUUUGGGACUACAAUUCCCAUCAUCCCUGACCACUGGUCCUGUUAGCUAGGGAUCAUGGGAGUUGUAGUCCCAAAACAUCUGGAGGGCUGAGUAUGCCUAUGCCUGUGUUAGCUGAUGGGCGGGAGGAGAGGGUUUAAUCCCGCAUUGGCUUGUACACCUUGUUCCCAGCAGGAUUUAGCACAUGCUCCUUAGCAAAAGCACUGUUUGAAACGGCUCACGCUUCUCCCUCAGCAACCCCCUGCCUCUGGCCACCCAGUCACUUCAAGGAGAAAUACAAGCUUUCUGUUUCCAGAAACGCAAAAUGCUUUAAGCACAAAGCAGGUUCUCUCCCCUCUUCCCACUGAGUGAUAUUGCAGGAGAUCAAUCCUGUUUGGUCCAGGUGCACAAGGGAGCUCUCUUCAGAGAGCUUGGUCACACCCCCAAACCUAGCAGAAACCUUCGCUACCCAGCAGGGUGGAUUUGAUUUAAAUCAAAUUGAUUUAAAUCACUAGUCAGUAAGACUUGAUUUAAAUCACUAGUCAGUAAGACUUGAUUUAAAUCAUUUUUAUUUUUUUACAGAAAGAUUCAUUCUUGCUCUAUAAUCUUAAUAUUUGCAACCAGAUGAUCAUUUCAUUUUUGGAAUAAUAAAUUUUCAGAGCAGUUUUUUACAGUUAUAUCAAAAAUUACUGAUUUGCUUAUACCAUUAGAAAUACAUAGACAGAUAGAUGUCCAAAUAUAACAGUUAAUUAUUAAACCUCACAAUAAUGAAAUUGUGAGGUUUAAAAAGUUAACUGUUUAUAUUUGGACAACUUUUCUGCUGUACUUUAUUGGAAGGAGAAAAAACAAUCAUUUCCUUAUGUCAGGGAACUGCCAUCGGAAGGAAGGGAGGUGAAAGGGCUCACACAGGUUGGGAGAGACUCAGCAGCUGAAGAGGGAACCAGUAGGGGGAGAGGAGCUGAGCUGAGGGAAAGUGAGCUGGAGGGAUGGCUCAGAGACACUUCCAGCGAAAACAGUGGGGAGGUUUCAGGACCUCCUGUAGGAACACCCACUCCUCGCCGGAAACUGUCACGCAGAGAGUCCAGAAGACGUGUUUCCGUUAAGGAGCUUUUAUGUUGGAAGCGAUUCCGAAAGCAACCACUGUCGGAAUCUGCUAGUGACUAGAGGAGCCAUGUCUGAGGGGCUCCGUCACAGACAGAGGUUUGUGGACUUGAACAAACUCUGAGGGGAUACUAUUUUACGCACAAGCAGCUCCUCAUCCCAUCACAGCAUUCCGACAGUCUUUGAAAGCAGCUUGUGCAGGAGAAGGCAUCAUGAGCAACCCAGCCGGAACCGGAGAAGCAGGAGCUGGAGCGGGUCCAAGCCUGGAAGAAAGGUACCGGGUGUUGGAGGUCCAGCUAGCGCUGCAGACGGCGAGGCUUGAGGAGAGGAGGGCUCAGGAUGCAGACAAAAAGGGGAAGCCACCCAGCUCGCCAGAAAGGUACCAGGAUUGGUGCAGAAGUUUGGGGGGGAGCCCAAAGACUAUCAUGGCUUUCGGACAGAGAUGCAAUAUGCCCUCAAUCUGCAGUUUGAUGAAUUCCCUGACGAGGAAUCACGAGUGGCUUUCGUGAUUGGGCAUCUUGAAAAGGGGCAAGAGACUGGGUUAGACCCCUGAUGGCAGCGAAUAGUGACGUCCUAAAGGACACGAUGAAGUUCUUUCGCGCCAUGGAUCUGAUGUUUUCCAGCGAUAUUGAACAGGGAGUGGUGCGCAGACAGUUAAUGGCUUGCAAACAGGGGAGCCGAUCUGUCCGUGAGUACUGGACUGAGUUCACCAUGCUGGUUCACAGGUUGGGGUGGGACUUAUCGGCGGAACCCAUUCAAAUGCUCUUUGAAGAAGGGCUUUCUUCGGCUGUGAAAGACGAACUUUCCCGGGCGCCCAGGGCGGAGUCUAUGGACCAGCUGACCAAAUCAGCGCUGACCAUAGGAGCGCGCCAGGAGGCGAGAGCAUUGGAGAGGCGGGAAGGGAAGGGGAACGUUGGAAGGAGUUCCGCAUUCCAGACAUUCCAGAGCCAACUUUCCCGCCGGCAGAGCCGAUGGAAAUCGGAACAGCGCGCGCGCGCGCAGUUUCAAAGCCCAGGGAGGGGGGAAAGACGGAGGGAAAACGCGCCCGGAAAUGCUAUCUCUGCCAACAGCCAGGUCACUUUGCCAGAGUCUGCCCCCAGAGGAAGGAAUGGCAAGGGAUGGUAGGAGCUGUGGAGGGAAGAGAGGAAGCAAUACCGGAGCAAGUAAAAGCCAACGCCUGGCUGCCACCGUCGGGGCACAGCAGCCAGGCCAAAGAGCAGUGAGAGUGCCCACGCCAGAACCUCCUAAACCCGCCCUAGUGAUAGAAGUGGCGCUAGAGCUGCCAAACGGACACCCUCUAAAGAUAAAGGCGCUGUUGGACUCAGGCAGCUCCUGCAAUUUCAUGAGCAAAGAGUUUGCAGCUGAACACCAGAUACAGACGAUCCCUUUAAGCAACCCCCUGCAGGUGACCACGAUCGAUGGCAGGGAGCUGUUGGGAGGAGAAGUCAGCUUGCAGACCGUCCCAAUGAUAAUGAAGGUGGCAAGGCACACCGAACUGAUCGCGUUUAAUGUGGCCACCUUGGGAGGAGCUCCCAUUAUAUUGGGGAUGAGCUGGCUAGCGUUACAUGAUCCGCUGGUGGGCUGGCAUCAGAGAGUGGUUUCUUUUGGUUCAGCACAUUGCUUAGAACACUGCAAAGAGGGAAAGGGUUUGGCAGGAGCCCAAGCCACCCUAGCAGGGACUGAAGUAACGGAGAACGUGAAGGUACCAUGACAAUACGCAGAUCUCCGCGACGUCUUCAGCGAAAGGGAAGCUGACCAACUACCCACGCAUAGACCCUUUGACUGUCAAAUCAAUUUACUCCCUGGGGCACAGCUCCCUGUAGGCAAGCUGUACGCCAUGUCAGACAGAGAGAUGCAGGAGCUAAGAGAGUUCAUUGACAAGAACCUGAAGAGAGGGUUCAUCAGAGAGUCCAGGGCGGUGGGGGCAGCCCAGUGUUUUUGUGGAUAAGAAAAACACGAACAAGCCGAGGCUGGUGUGUGACUUCAGGGCCUUAAAUGCAGUGUCAGAACCAGUGGCCUUCCCUAUGCCCAGGAUUGACGACAUUUUGACAAGGGUGCGGAAGGGAAAGAUUUUCACAAAGCUGGACCUAAGGGGGGCGUACAACCUGAUACGAAUAAGGAAGGGGGAUGAAUGGAAAACCACCAUGUUCACCCCUUUAGGGGCAUUUGAAUAUUUGGUUAUGCCCUUCGGCCUACAAGCAGGAUCCGCAACCUUUCAAUCGUUUAUGAACCACGUCCUGGGGCCUUUGCUUUACAAGAAUUGUGUGGCCUUCUUAGACGACGUGUUGGUGUAUUCUGAGAAUGAGGAGCAGCAUGUGAAAGACGUCAGAGAAGUGUUGAGCAGGCUGCAAGCCAACCAGCUGUGGGUGAAACUGGAGAAGUGUCAGUUUCAUACCAAGGAGGUGGAAUUCCUGGGGUAUCGCCUGUCAGACAAGGGAUUGGCCAUGGAUCCCGGCAAGGUCCAGGCGGUGCUGGAAUGGAAAACACCCAAAACAAGGAAGGAUGUGCAGAGGUUCCUAGGAUUUGGGAACUUCUAUCGUAAGUUCAUCCGAAACUUUGCCCACCUGACGGCGCCCAUUACGGACUGUCUCAGCAGUAAGAAGAAGUUCGUUUGGACUGAGGAGGCGGAGCGAGCAUUUGAGGAACUAAAAGGGCCUUCGCCUCGGAACAACAAAUCCUGCAUGUGGAUUUACAAAAACCGAUGAGAGUGGAAACUGACGCAUCAGACAGAGCGAUUGGGGCGGUGCUUCUGCAGCCAGGGAAGGAGGAGUCAGAGUGGAGACCGUGUGCUUUUUUUCGCGAAAGCUGAACAAAUCCGAGAGGAACUACACGGUGUAUGACCGAGAACUACUAGCCAUUCAUGAGGCGUUCCGGAGAUGGAGGCACCUGCUAAUUGGCGCACAACAUAAGGUGCAAGUGUGCACUGACCACAAGAACCUAGAGUAUUGGAGGACGGCACGAGUGCUCAACCAACGGCAAGUGAGAUGGGCCCAGGAGUUCUCCAAAUUUAACUUUGAGAUUGGUUACGUGCCAGGCCCAGAGAACAUUAGGGCGGACGCUCUCUCACGCAAACCUGAAUAUUUGGAGGGGAGGAGCACCCGAAGAGAGACAUGUCAUUCCAGAGGACCGCUGGGUGUGUGGGGCGGCAUUGGUGGGACAAAGAGAACUGGUAGAGGAAACAGAGAAUGAUGAAUACGCCCAGAAUAAGCUCAGAGGUCUUAGGGGUGAGGGAGAGGAACCAGGGGUUUCGAGGAAAGAAAUGGAGCUUUGUAUUACAAAGGGGCACUGUAUAUCCCUGACCGAGACUUAAGGGGGGGCUACUCAAGCAGUUGCACGACAGCCCUACGGCGGGGCAUUUUGGACAACACAAAACCAUGUGGUUGGUCACCAGGGAAUUUUGGUGGCCUAAGGUGAGGGAAGAUGUACGUGAGUAUGUAAGAGGGUGCGAGCAAUGCCAGCGAGCCAAAGGGGAAAGGCGGGCGCCGGCGGGGCUAUUAGAACCCUUACCAACCCCAGAACGACCUUGGGAGGCAGUGUCGAUAGAUUUUAUGACUGAUCUGCCGAAGUCCAAAGGGAAAACAGCCAUCAUGGUGGUGGUAGACCUACUAACAAAGAUGUGCCACUUUGUAGCUUGCUCGCAUGCAGUCACGGCGGAAGAGACAGCGAAGUUAUUUGUAGAACACAUUUUUAGGUUGCACGGGGUGCCAUUGAGGGUGGUCUCAGACCGAGGAAAACAAUUUACUUCCAGGUUCUGGAGGAAGCUCAUGAGCUUACUGCAGGUGGAGGUCAAUUUUUCGACUGCCCGGCACCCUGAAACCAACGGGCAGGCGGAAAGAGCAAACGGUGUCCUCCAGCAAUACCUGAGGUGUUAUGUCAAUGACAGAGAGAAUGACUGGGUAGAAAAGUUGGCGCUGGCGGAAUUUGCCUACAACAAUGCCGAGAAUGUGUCCACAGGGAUGAGCCCCUUCUUGGCUAAUUAUGGGUGUCAUCCCAGGGCUUUCCCAGGGGAGAUGGGGAGAGAUGGAGCGUCCCGGCAGCCGAGCAUUUUGUGGAAGAAAUGGAAGCAAUCCAUCGUCAGCUCCAACUCAACUUAGAAAGGGCGAAGGAAGAAUACAAGAGGCAGGCAGACAAGAACCGAAGGGAAGGUGAAACCAUAAGGGUGGGAGAUAGGGUGUGGCUGUCAACCCAAGGGUUACCGUUCAAAGGAGGUUGUAAGAAAUUAAGACCCAGGAGGUUGGGUCCCUUUGAGGUCAUUCAACAGGUCAACCCAGUGGCUUUCAGGCUCCGGUUACCCAACCACAUGAAACUGCACCCAGUAUUUCACAGGUCGUUACUGUCACCGUACGAAGGGGGACGAGAAGGGAUGGCCACUCGGGGACCGGUCAUAGAAGAAAGAGAAUGCAGCAGCCAUGUGGCAGAAAUCCUCGACGCCAGGUGGAAGGGGGAUCAGGUGGAGUAUUUGGUAGCGUGGGAAGGAGAACCGGAGUCAGAAAACACUUGGGUAAUGGCCGAAGAUAUCAAUGACGAGGUAUUGAUAGAAACGUUCCAUCAAAGGUUCCCAAGGAAACCUCAGCCUGUGGAGAGGUUCCGGAGGGAAUACUUUGGGACCACUGAUGAGGAGGAGGAGUUGGAAGGAUUCCCGGACUCGGAAGGGGAAAGGGAGAUGGACUCUGAGGAGGAGGAGUACUUCGAGACCAGGAACCGCAACAGGUGGAGAGAAGUGUUCGAGACAUCGGAAGAUGAAGGAAGUUCAUUCCGGGUUUUGCCUCCUCACCGCCCGUAGAGGAGGGGGCGAGAGGGGGUGAAAGGGGCCCUGGAGGGGAGGUGGAUGUCAGGGAACUGCCAUCGGAAGGAAGGGAGGUGAAAGGGCUCACACAGGUUGGGAGAGACUCAGCAGCUGAAGAGGGAACCAGUAGGGGAGAGGAGCUGAGCUGAGGGAAAGUGAGCUGGAGGGAUGGCUCAGAGACACUUCCAGCGAAAACAGUGGGGAGGUUUCAGGACCUCCUGUAGGAACACCCACUCCUCGCCGGAAACUGUCACGCAGAGAGUCCAGAAGACGUGUUUCCGUUAAGGAGCUUUUAUGUUGGAAGCGAUUCCGAAAGCAACCACUGUCGGAAUCUGCUAGUGACUAGAGGAGCCAUGUCUGAGGGGCUCCGUCACAGACAGAGGUUUGUGGACUUGAACAAACUCUGAGGGGAUACUAUUUUACGCACAAGCAGCUCCUCAUCCCAUCACACCUUACUAACAAUUUAAACAAUUUAUUUAUCUAAAGCAAUAACAUUAUGGCAUAUGUAUCCAUGUUUAUUAACUGAUGUGGUUAACUUAAAAAAAAAAAAAAACUUAGACUGAGUUUUAGCGCACAUGAAAAGCUUAAAAUAAAUCCUUAUUUCCUGAUGAAUAGCCUUUGGACUAUAAUGUAUCCUAAAUAGAAAACUAUCUUUAGAAAGAUUUUUCCUCCAAAAGCGUUUUAUUUUAAAAAUCCAAUUUAAAUAAUAAAAAAAGAUUUAUUUUUUUAAAUCAUUCAUUUUUAUCUACCCUGUUACCCAGUGUCAGCUGGUGCUAGGGGAGGGUGACCCAGCUUUCUUGUGCACCCAGACCGAUCUGUUUGGCUGCACACAUUGCAGAAAUAAAGCAAGACACUGCCAACGGGAAGGUUUUUUCCCCUUGAAAGGAAGGAAAGAAACUUCCCUUCAGCAGUGCCAUGGUGCCCACUACCAAAUCCCCUGACAUCAUUUGCAAUGUCAAUUGAGAGGUGCUCUUUGGAGAUGCCACCUGUCAAAUUUGGCCUAUGAGGCAAUUCUUGAUAGGACUGUCACCUACGGAGCCAAAAAGGUUUCCCACUCCUGGAUUGUUUGUCUGUUUGUUUUUUUAAAAUUUGCCUACCGCCUUUCAAGGGACGCGAGUGGCGCUGUGGAUUAAACCACAGAGUCUAGGACUUGCCGAUCAGAAGGUCGGCGGUUCGAAUCCCCGUGACGGGGUGAGCUCCCUGCCCACCUAGCAGUUCGAAAGCACGUCAAAGUGCAAGUAGAUAAGUAGGUACCGCUCCGGCGGGAAGGUAAACUGCGUUUCCGUGUUCUGCUCUGGUUCGCCAGAAGCGCCUUAGUCAUGCUGGCCACAUGACCCGGAAGCUGUACGCCGGCUCCCUCGGCCAGUAAAGCAAGAUGAGUGCCGCAACUCCAGAGUCGGUCACGACUGGACCUAAUGGUCAGGGGUCCCUUUACCUUUACCUUUACCGCCUUUCAUCCUUGUAUCUCAGGGCAGUUCUGAGCAUAAAGAUAAAAACACAAAAUGCAUAAUAGAAACAAGAACAAAACAAAACCCCUCCAACAAACACAUUUAGAAGGAUAUAGGAUAUUAGUCAGCCCAAGGCCCAGUUGAAGAGUAAUGUUUUCACCUGGUUCCUGAAGGUGUGUAAGGAAGGGGCCAGGCAAGCCUCCCUGGGGAGAGCGUUUCACAAAUGCGGAGCCGCUGCAAAAAAAGGCCCAUCAUCGUAUUGCCACCCUCUGAACCUCUUGUGGAGAGGGCACACAAAGAAGGGCCUCUGAAGAUGGAUCUCAGGGGCCAGGUCAGUUCAUACGUCGAUUGCUUGAGAGGCAGUCCUUGAAAUAUUGCGGUCAGGAGCCCCUUGAGGCUUUAUCGGUCAAAACCAACGCUUGGAAUUGGGCCCCUGAAACUAAUUGGCAGCCAGUGCAAUCGGGCCAGUUAAAGGGAUGGUUUGGCAAGAAUAAGGCAGCAGUUGUUCUACGUGGUCCUUGGUGUCUUUGCAAGGGAGGAGAACGUCUAGCAAAAUAGAAUCAGCUGGCUCUGCCCCACCUGUUAAGACACCUGGCCCUCCCUCAAAUGGACGCUGGCCUCACUGGUUCAAGGUUUCAGAAAGUGUGUCCCCUUUUUUCAGAAUCUGGUUCCCCUGAAAAUAAUGGCACCUACCAUGUUUGCAGUACUAGAAAUAAAGAGUUGGGACAUGAGGCAAAGUACCGUAUUUUUUGCUCGAUAAGACUCACUUUUGCCCUCCUAAAAGUAAGGGGAAAUGUUUGUGCAUCUUAUGGAGCAAACGCGGGCUGCGCAGCUACCCCAGACCCCAGAACAGCACGAGGGUUUGCUGAUUUCACUGCGCAGCGAUCCUCUUGCUGUUCUGGCUUCUGAGAUUCAGAAUAUUUUUUUUCUUGUUUUCCUCCUCCAAAAACUAGGUGCGUCUUGUGGUCUGGUGUGUCUUAUAGAGUGAAAAAUACGGUAAAAGACGAAGCAUUUUGAGUCCCCUCUUGUGCCCUUUAUAUCUUCCUGUCCAGGUAACUGAAAGCAAAAGGUUGAGCGAUCCUCACGCUACAGUGUAAUAGUGAUGAAGCCUUGAUUUCUGUUUCUUGACUCUUUAAAAAUAUUACAUCCUAGCCCAAGUGUCCACAGAGCUUCAGGCUCUCCUGAAACGACGAAUCAUGAGGGAUUAGGCUGACCUGCUAAUCUGCAGUGUUCAUCCUUUUACAAUAGUUCACACAGAGGAGCAAAUUAAGUGCCUAUUUUUUGUGUCAGCCCUGAAGAAUAUCUGGUUUUCCAACCCUUAGUGACUUGUUAACAAACAGGUAUCAGGACAAGGUAGUGAAGGCAGCCCCUGGCCAGUCAGAUGUGAAAUAGUAUCUCUUUACUAACUACAGUAUUGAUUCCGCCCUACCCCUUGCAAACUGUGUAAUUUUCUUUUCCCUGCUGCUAAACCAGUAACAAUGUAUGAAGAGCUUUAGGGGCCCAUCAGUGCUCAAAAAGGCUGCUCUUCCUGGCACGCUAUCGAUUUUUCUCAAAGGCUUUUAAAUUGCUCCUUCAUUUUACUCAAAUGCUCAUUUCAUCUCUACUGAACGCCAGUGUUUUUUUGUUGUGUUUAAACAAUCGCUCCAUUCACAGGGUUCCUAAACUGUGUGUCUGUGCUGCCUUCUUAUUUACUGGGAGAUAAACAGUUUAGUUUUUGUUAAUCUUGGAUUAAUAGUUCCUGUAUCUGAAUUGUUCUGCUUUGUAGUCCUUUACUUCAAAAAAGUAAACUGUGUCAUCCAUCUGCUGCAAGUGAGUGCUUUAAUUUUGCUCUUCUAGGCUUCUUGCCUUGGAAUUUUUCUAGAGCUCCAUUUGCACUUAAUGCAAAGGUUCAUCAGCGCUCCCCAACCUGGUGCCCUCCAGAUGUUUGGAAUGCAGCUCACACCAGCUGCACUGAUGGAAAUCAUUCACCAAAAACACCUGGAGGGCAACAAGUUGAGGGAAGCUGCUCUAGAUGAUAUCUCUUCGGUGUGGAAUGGUUUGAUUUUUUCCUGACUCGGCCUCCAUUUUUAAUUCGGUUCUGACAUUCUGAAAAUUCAGCAAUAAAACGCUUGUUGGUGUUUUUGCCUUUGUCUAGAGUGGCAAGACCCAGAGUUCAUGAGAGAAGUUGAAGCAGCCACCGGGGCUGAUCUUGGAUCCUCUCGGUAUAGUGGAAAAGGAGGGAAAAAGAAAGGGAAGAAAAAGAAAUAUGCAAACCUCACAGACCUGAAGCAGCAGGCAAAUACUUCUCGCUCCCGCCUGGAAAAGAAAGUUUUCGAUAAGUAAGAGGCUACUUUGCUUAUAAUGCCUAUCUUGUUUGUUGCUCUGCUAAUUUAGUUUUGUUUUUAUCAUAGAAUUGGAAGGGACACCAAGGGUCAUCUAGUCCAACCCCCUGCAAUGCAGGAACAUUGCCUUACUUCUUUAGAGUGUGCCUUUUAUAUACAAUAUCAAGGAAAAUACAGGUUUUGGUACCAGAAACGCUCUUGCUGGAAAUCUGAAAUUAUGUCACUUGAGUCAAAAAUAAGAAGUUUUACACAGUAUUAAAACUGUUUUAUUUUAAUUUAUUUAUUUUAAAAUUAUUUGUGUUGAUUCAUAGAAUAUUGCUACAUAAGAACAGCUAGUUUUUGUGCUGUCCAUAUUAGGUAUGUUACUGGUAACAUCAUUGUCAUCAUUUGAACAGUGGUGAUUGGACUUUAUUGCACAUUGUAUGUAUUCCCUAUCUCUGUGCAUUGUGUUUGCCUUAAAGUAAUGGAUAUCUGUUUUUAAUACACAUUUUUAUCAAGCAUUAUUUCUACUACAAAAGACUGUGGAAGUGCUGAGUUUCCUUGACAAUGUUACAGAAGCGGGGGCAAAGCCAAGCUUGGGAUACUUCAGUGUGUUCUUUCCAGAAUGCCUGGCACUCGCCAGAGAUUGCCCAUGAGGGUGGGUGGGGGUGGGUAGGUCUUAUUUCCCUUUUUUUUUUCCUUUUUUUUUUCUUUUUUUGAAAAAAAAAAUAUCCAGAAUGAGAUGGGAGCAUCUUUCCUUCACCUGCUUUUGUGUCUGUUGUGGAGCUGGAUGAGAUCAUGUAAACAGGACACAAAGGCAGACGUGCUAACAUCGGGCAUCUCAUUCUUAUUUUUUUAUUUUUAUUUUAUUUUGGGGCUGGGUUUACCUACACAGGACUCAUGGACUCCUGCCAGUGAAGGGAGGCCUUGUGCGGCUUCUGGUGCAUGGCAGUGUCUUUGCCACGGUGUGCCAUUGUUGCCAGCAGUAGGCUGACCUAUGCUGCUGGUGCCAAGCAUGCCGUGGGUUUGUGGGGCACAGCGACCAUUUCUUCCCGGGCAGAAUAUGGAAAGGGUAAUCCCAAGUGGGAGCACGCUAGAUCUGCUGUGACAUUUGUGAUGCGCCUCUGCUAUGCCAGGAUCUCCCUUUUGGCAACAUUCCAGAGUUCUGUGCAGGUGAGGGGGUGGGGGGGAUGCAAAAAUAUACAAAGAUAACGGCUCUGCUGUGUCUUAACCAGGAAUUGUGGGAGGGGCUAUCUGGAAGAAAAAUUAGUCUCUAUUCCCCUUAUUGAAACAAGACUGGAAAACGUCAGGGGGAGGGAUGUUUUGUUUUCAGUUCAAGCAACAUUGUAUUUCAUUAGUCCUCGGUCCAGGCCAUGUUCACUGUGAACAGUGGGGACUAGAAUUUGGAAACGGGAUGGGGUGGGGUGGGAGGGAAAAUAAAACUUUUUGAACUGGUAACUGGCAAAUGUCCAGUAGAGCUCAUGUUUUUGGUUUGAUAUGUGUCUGCGCACACAAGUAUGUAAUAGAAGGCUGACCAUAUCUGUGUCAGAGGGCAGAAGUGAUGGAUGAUAAAAGCCUGACUUACUUUUCAAGAGAGAAUUAGCUCAAUAAAAGCUCACUGGGACUCAAAAAAAAAAAAAGAAAAAAAAAAAAAAAGAAAGUAGCAGCUUAUGCAUACAUCUGAUAUUCAGUUGCAUAAGAUACAUAAUAAAUACAAUAGCAUUCAUUGAUUACAUAAAACAUGCUACUUUUUUAAAGGAAAAUGGGAUGGAGCAUAAGAGAUAUUAAGAAUAAUAUGGCACAUGCUCAUAUUUCUAUUUUCAUUUAUACCCAACAGAGCUAUUAAGUGUUAGGGUUGGAUUCCACCCUCUCUUCCUUAUUCCCAAACUGGUCAGCUAACAGCUUUGCUGGUUGUAUAGAUUGCUUCUUUGUGUGAGGAGUCUGUUCUUUAGAUCCAGGAAUCUAUGCUUACGAAAUAGCUAAGCGCUCCCAAUUCAAAACUGUAAUCCUGUGCAAGCCAGUAUGUUGAACCCCUCUACAAAUCUGACUAUACACAAGGGCAACGACCUGCUCAGUGCCUGGAUGCUGAUCGUUUAGAAAUCUGGUCCCAAGAAAUAGGCAGCAAGAAGUCUGAAACUGUAGCAUGUUUGUGCAGAAAGUAUAUGCUUUGUGUCUGUCACUAAAUAAGAAUUCUUUCUCCUUUUUUUGUUUCAUUUUCUAUAAUUUUUACUAAAUUUUCUGUUUUAUAUUUUAGAAUAUUCAUUUAAACAACCUUAAAAUAUCAGUGACCCCUUCUUCUCUUUCCAUGGUUCAUUUGCAUAACAUAAAGGUAAAGGUACCCCUGCCCGUACGGGCCAGUCGUGUCCGACUCUAGGGUUGUGCGCCCAUCUCACUUAAGAGGCCAGGGGCCAGCGCUGUCUGGAGACACUUCCGGGUCACGUGGCCAGCAUGACGAAGCUGCUCUGGCGAGCCAGCACCAGCGCAGCGCACGGAAACACCGUUUACCUUCCCGCUAUAAAGUGGUACCUGUUUAUCUACUUGCACUUUAGGGGUGCUUUUGAACUGCUAGGUGGGCAGGAGCUGGGACCGAAAGACGGGAGCUCACCCCGCCGCGGGGAUUCGAACCACCGACCAUACGAUCGGCAAGUCCUAGGCACUGAGGUUUUACCCACAGCGCCACCCGCGUCCCUAGCAUAACAUAAAUCCCUACAUAUUUUAUAUAAACUAAACCAUUCAGUAUUCCAUUAUUACAUCCAUCAAAACUUAUUUACACUGUUGAAUUUCAUCUUAAUGCUGCCCACGUUUUCAAAUAUUUCCCUCCAUAUAUUCAGUAAACAUUUUCCAAUCUUCUUUAAACAUCUGUUCUUCUUCUUCUCUUCUUCUAUAUUAUAGGUCCGCAAGCUGCGUAUAUUCCAUCAGUUUGAAUUGCCAUUCUUCUUUAGUUGGGACUUCGCUCAUUUUCCAUUUUUUCCCAUUCUUGCUUCUUCCCUAUAUUUUGGGAACAGGCAUAUACAGGCCAAAGCCAAGAACGUUCUAGAGUGCUCUGCACAUGAGAUGGAGUAAGGAAAGGCCUUCUAUCCAUCUUUCUUCAGAGUAAAAACGUUAGGAAACUUUGAGACUUUUCAUACCCUUUGAAUUGGGUCAGUUAAGUGUAGUUGCAUGAGCAGUGCACACCAGACAUUUUCUCAAAUGGGAUUUCCCUCUUCUCCAGCUCACUCUUGUUCAAGGAAGCUGGAAUUGCAUCUUCUGCAACGAAGUGUCCUCAGCGCUGAUGCACAAUGUAUCAUUUGUCUGACCUGAUGUUUUAACACAAUUUAUUCAUACAUUCAAAAUGUUAUCGCUAAUGUUUCAGCAUCUUCCUAUUAUUAUUUAUCCCGCUUUUAUUCCUAAAAGGAGUCCAGUGCAACAAACAUUAAAGUAGCACCAAUCUGUAAACAGCAGCUGUUUUCAAAUAAUACACACAUCCACAGUGUCUGUGACUUGAAAUGACAUCCUUGUGCUGUGGGUCUGUGCCUAAGUAGCCACAGCUCAUUCCAUAGCUGUGCCAGCCACUACCACAAAUGUGGGCUGGUGACAUGAAAGCUUCAUUCCCAGACGUACAGAUCUGCCUUCGUUGCAUGUUGCAACCAGUGCAUGUUCCAGCCGUGCCGCAGUGACCGUUUGAAGCCAGCCUCUGUGUGGCAGAACGACAGCAAGUGUGAUCAAUCCAAGUGGAGCAAAACAAAUGCCAUUAAAUCGAGAAGCAAAACACUUUUUGUUUGCAACAAAAAUACUAGUGUUUACAAUAUUAUAUAACCUCAAAAGCCCGAAUGAGCCAGUUUUGAGGGAUGUUCAUUAUUUUAAAAUGGUGUUGCUUUCCUUGUCUUGAUGUAAUGGUUGUUAUGAGUAAUGAAAACUCGCCUUGCUUUUCUUCUCCUCGCAGAACAACACAUUGUCCAUGACAAUCUUGUAUUAUCUGGUCUUAUUUUGAGGAGUCAAUAAGCCAUAAAGUUCUAAUAAGCAGAAUUUCACAUCAGCUUUAGAAAAUAAAUUUUAAAAGUUGUUUUUAGUUUACUGUGCUUCGUGCUAAUGAUUUUGAAUGUGUGUUAGUGCCAGGCGUGGGAAUUCAAUCUGUCAUGUUUUAAUAGGUUUCAUAGUUUGCAGCACUAAACAAGAUGAUAACCUUGGCUUUAUAUAACAGUCCCAAAUUACUUGAAAUGUACAGGUGAUAAACCCAGGCUCUAGUCUGCCAAUAAAGUUAAGUGAAAUUGCACACAGAUCAUCAGAGUGGGAUCUCAUUUCAUUUACAGUAUCUCACAAGCUAGUGCUGCUAAUGUAAAACCUACAUGACAUGAAAGUGCCAAGGCCAUUGUACCCUGCUAAAGACUCACUUUUCUCCUGCCAAUUAAAUAUCAUUCCCGCUCCAAAACCAUGACCACAUAGUUGUCGUUCUUUUAUAGCAAUGCCUCCUGUAAACUCCUCAAGCCAGAGGAGUUUCGCUUUUAAAGGGGCACCUCUUUUAAUCUGUUGUAUUUGCUCCAUGUGUCCUUUGCCCUUAGACAACUUUAAAAGGUUUAAAGCAAAAGCAAAAACGUGCCCAAAGCUAUCUCCAUUGUUGUCCUAGUUUCCAGGAAAUACAAUGGCAAGCUCAGUAGGUGGUUGGUAUCUAACGGGGAGCUUUUUAAGCAGAGGUUGGAUGGCCAUCUGUCAGGGAUGCUUUAGUUGAGAUUCCUGUAUUGCAGGGGAUUGGACUAGAUCACUCUCGGGAUCACUUCAAGCUCUACAGUUCUGUGAUUCUAUGAAUAACGAAGUGUGCAAGGUUUGGGGCACCUGCAGAUUGACUGCCAUCAGUGGCUGAUGUUGGUGCCAUCAGUUAGUUGGUGCGAGAAUUCAGCCAAGAUGCAUGUGAACAGCACACAUGGGCGUAUGGUGUCUACGCCCAUACAGCUGCCAGUCAUCUUGCAACUGGAGGGGAUGGUUGUGCUAGAAUAUUACAAUACAGGUUCAUAGAAAAUUUGUCUCAGUUACCUUAUUUGCAGAUUGGAGAAGCUAAACUUUAGGGGCAUCCUGUUGCAGGCCAGUAGGAAAACUAGGCACCUGUCUCAAAAACUAGAGAUUUCCAGAAAUUCUAAAGCUGACUUGGUGAAGGGUUGGAAUAUAUACAGUAAUUUUUAUCCUCGAGCCUAUACUUGGAAAAAACACAUGAAAUGCAGGAGGCGGGAGUUUUGUGAAGUCGAUUUGACUGAGAGAGUGUGAUUUGCCCAAGUUCAUCAAGUGAGCUUUAGGACUGAGUGGGAUUUUUGUCCCUCUAACCGCUAGACCACACCCGGUCUGUAAUUUGUGUAGUUUAACACAUAUAGAAUAAGUAUGGAAAUAAGAUUCAGUGGCUGCAGUUUAUUGAAAUGGAUUGAGAUCCUUCCCUUUGUGUGGUCUGUAGAAUAAUAAUAAUAAUAAAUUUUUAUUUGUACCCCGCCCUCCCCGGCUGGAGUUGGGCUCAGGGCUGCUAAAGCCCUUCCCUCUGAUCUGAGCAACUCUUCUCAAUUUAUGCUUGGGGGGGGCGGAAACAAAAUUUGUUUCCAGAAAUGAUUUUAUGCAGAUGCUUUGAGUUCUGUUAAAAACAGCUAUUUGCAGGUUUGUGGGAUGAAUUGAAUGGACGCAUGCAUGCACAGGGCCUGUUAAGACUUCGUGGUUUAGGGGCCCCAUUAAACUAAUUUGAUAGUUUCAAAACAGUUGCUGUUUGUUUAUAUUGCUCUGGUUAAUUCCGUUUUAAUGUGCAAAACGCUUUCUGCUCACUGCAGAAGAUCGUAAACGUUGCCCCCUAGAGGUACAUGUUCCAUAUAUUCCCACUUCAGUGUUUAAAAUUUCACUAAAGCAAUUGUGUAAAAAUGAAUGUGGCCAUAAAAGGUGUGGUGUGCGAUCAUUACAGUGAAGAACUUUGCUUUGUUUAUUUCUUUUAAUGAGCCCAUUGCUAAAUUAAAACUUAUUUCUGUAGCUAAUUUAAUUAAGAUUAUAAAUUUGCUCUGCUUCGUCAUCAGCGCAGUGUUGUGGAGGCUUGAUUAGCAAUUAAUCACAUCCCACUACAUUAUAUUUGCUCACAUGUUCAUAAAUGCUGCUCACAUUUGUGCGUAACCUCACUUUAGUUCUCUCCUUUUCAUCUUGCCUUGUUUUCUUCUUACAGAACAGCCAUGAAGCGCGUGGUGAAAGCGAUGAAUCGAAUGGAUCAAAGAAAACACGAAAAGUUUGCAAACCAGUUUAACUAUGCACUAAACUGAGUUGCCGUAAAUGGCAAAACUGCAAGGACCUUUGCCAGAACUGCCACUCUGUAGAGGAAAGCAUUUUAUUGGACUAGUUUACUUAGUAUCAACUUGCGUAAUCUAAUACAUUUUACAAUGAAGAUGAAUUGUACACAUAAUUUUGUGUGUGCUUAUAUUGAUAACUGUUCUGUUCUCAUUUUAAACAGAAGACUUGUGGUUUGUAUAUAUUCUAACACCACUCUAGAUUUUUUACUUUUUGGUGGACUGCAGAUUUUCAGCCUUUAAUACCUUGACUCAGUGGUCACAGAUGAUGGGAGUUGUAGUCUAUGAUGGGAGAUGAUGAUGGGAGUUGUAGUUCCCCACCCUCUAUUUUUCAGGAGCCACACUCCCCCCCUUUUUUUUUCUUUUGGUACAUUCCAUUUCCAACACCUGCAUUUACUUUUCCUGAAAGAAUAACAUCUGGCAACAAAGGACAAACUCCCCUUGAGCAGCUUUUGUGUCAAUCUGGAUGUGUGAGUUUAUUCCUGCGAUUCGGCAAUUGUCCAGUUGUCUUUAGGUGAGAAGGUGUUCUUCUGUAGUCAGCACACUUGUGACUAACUGAGAAUACAAGCGCUUUGCCAGAAACAUUCUCUGUGGCUGUAACCGGAGGCAUAAGGUUUUGCUGGAACGGCUUCCUUUUAAAAGCAUGCCUUGGCCCUUGGGGGCACAUGAUCACACAGUCAUUGUCUAGGUUUCGUGGAUGAGAUCAGCCUUGCUCACAAUUUUCAUUUCACGGGAAAGUCUAGCAUCACAUGAACAAGGCAAGGAGAAAUUUAUUACUUGUGUACCAUUUUAAAUGCUCUUGUUCAUGAUGGUUGUCAGAUCUCUUCAUUUUUGUUGUAGGCGGCACUUGUAAGUAUUUGCAUGUAAAAUUGUUAAUAACUCCUAAAGAGGAACAACUAUGUUCUGUGAAUGGCCCUGAGACCUCCGGUUAUAGGGUGGUAUAUUAAUAAUAAUAAUAAUAAUAAUAAUAAUAAUAAUAAUAAUAAUAAUAAAGUUAAUUCCUGCCUGGGGAUCUGCAGACUUGCAAAAUGGGCCCAGUGGAGAGAGCAUGAGUGGACACUGAAAUAAACAAUAAAUCUUGUUUUUUUGAAGCCAUUCCACCUCCAAAAAAGGAGAGAAAAAAAUAUCUAUGGGCACAUGGAAAGGACAGUGGCCGCUGAGGGCAGAGCAGUAGUGCAAGACUGUUGAAAGACAGCUCAAGACUACUGAGGUUCUGGGUGCAAGAAUUGAGCAUCAAGCUGGACGCAUAGAAAGCGGCAGAGUGAAAGGCUUGUGUUGAGCAGGAAGCUCACUGUUCGCUCCUCACUUACACUGCUAGAUAGGAAAAUGCAUUGGCCAAGCUUGCUCAUUCACCACAAGCACACCUGACCCACGGCCGGGCGAGUGCACCUUAGCAGGAGGGAGAGUGGUAGGGUCAACGCAGCGGGAAGGACUAUACUGGGUAAAUUCUCUUUUAAAUGACAUUAAUUAAAGGCCUUGUAAUGACAAAAGAGUUGAAGAGCUUAUAUAAAGGAAAUAAUACAUAAAAUGAAAAUUAAUAUUUAAAAUCAGAAUAUGUAUUUUAUUAUAGGAGGAGGAGGGCCUGGUAACAAAAAAAAUUUGUGAAAACGUUUAUGGAUAUUGCACUUAUAAAUAGUGUGUUUUGCUUUGGAUACUUUUUUCUUAGUUUUUUUUAAAAAAUUAUGAUUGGGUUUUAUAAACAAGAAUAAGGUUAUACAAACAAGUAUACCAAGUUUUCUCAUGUCAUUUGUGUAUCACAAAAAAGCAUAAUAAAUGUGGGGAAAUAUC